AUGGCCCUGACGGAGAUGGGUGAGGUGUUUAGCUGGGGCGAUGGGGACUAUGGGAAGCUGGGCCACGGGAACAGUGAGAGACAGAGACGGCCCAAACAGGAAGAGGCUCUGCAGGUAGAGGAAGUGGUGCAGGUAGGAUGGGGAUGGAGCUGGAGCUCACCUGAUGGGUCACUGACAUUACAGAAAUACAGUACUUUGUCUUAUGUCUUGGUGACAUUUAUCCUGUAUAGUCUUUCUCCUCCUAAAAUUCUGUCCCAUUACUGUGAAGUUAAAGGUGUCUCUAACUGAUAGUACAUAAAUUCUCAUUGGCUACGUUCCAAAAUCCCCACUAGCAUACCACUUACUGUAUUGCAUGGCCAAUAUACACUAAGUGUACAAAACAUUAAGAACACCUGGUCUUUCCGUGACAUAGACUGACCAGGUGAAUCCAGGUGAAAGCUAUGAUUCCUUAUUGAUGUCACCUGUUAAAUCCACUUCAAUCAGUGUAGAUGAAGGAGACAGAUUAAAUAACGAUUUUAAGCAUUGAGACAAUUGAGACAUGGAUGAAAGGGCAAAACUAAAUAUUUUAGUGCCUUUGAACGGGGUAUGCAAUUCUUCUGGGUUUUUCACGCUCAACAGUUUGCCAUGUGUGUCAAGAAUGGUCCACCACUCAAAGGACAUUUAGCCAACUUGACACAACUGUGGGAAGCAUUGGAGUCAACAUGGGGCAGGAUCCCUGUGGAACGCUUUCGACACCUUGUAGAGUCCAUGCCCUGAUGAGGGGGGGGGGAUUGUCAUAUUGGAACAGAGCCAUUGUCUUAUGUAUUGGUUACAUUAUUCCUGAAUCUCACUCUCCCUAAUGUCAUUACUGUGAAGAUGCUGCCAGAGAGAGUCGUAGCACUGGAGGGAAAUCACAUUGGACAGGUAAGAGCCAUCACAUUGACAUUAGUAAGAGAUGACGGUAAUAGGGCACCUGGCCUAUCCACACAGGGUUCUUGGGAAGACUCAUAAGAACAUAUGCCCAAUGAUUGGUCAUACCUGAGGCAGUACUUCAGGCAGAGUAAAAUUGAUUAGGGCUACAGUAACCCUAAACGUUUGAGAACUUUAGAUGGUUGAAAGUCAUACAAAUCAGUGAAUUUUGACCAAUUUGUGGCAUUAUGUGUUGAUGUACUUUCUUCCCUUUUUCCUAGGUGUCCUGUGGUAUCAAUCACCUUCUGGUGCUGUCUUCUGAUGGCAUGAGUGUCUGGGCUUUUGGUGACGGGGACUAUGGGCAGUUGGGUACAGGUCCCUGCACUGUCAAGUGCUACCCUCAGGUACAGUGCUGCUCCUAUCAUAUUAAAACAUAAUUAUGUAUUACGUUGUUAGUUGCAUUAUCAGUUAAAUUACACAAUUAUUUGUUAAAUGUUUUUCUAUUGAAGUAGUCAUGCUUCAUCUUUUUUUUUUACUUUGCAGAAAGUGGAGCAACUGUACAACAAGGGAAUAAAGAAGGUUGGCUGUGGGACCCAGUUUUCUGUUGUCUUGGCCAAAGAUGGACAUGUUUACACCUUUGGACAAGGUCAUUUGGGUAUUUUAUGUAUUGAUUUAAAUAAAUUGUAUAAAACAGCACAGCUACAGAUCAACAGUUCACUAUUAUACAAACUUAACUUUUAAAUGUACCAUGUUACAAAUAGAUUUUGUAAUGCUGAGCUAGUCCAAUAGUUUUUACCAACUUCAUAUAAUCAUUCAGUAUAAAAUACCUAUUUCAAGCUGUCUCAUCUUAUACCCCUCUCCCCCCUCAGAGCGGUUGAUCGGGCUGCCAGACUCUCUGUUGAAGAACCACAACCAUCCCCAGGUGGUGCCAGCCCUGGAGGGAGUGUUUGUUGAGGACAUCGCUGUGGGCUGUGAGCACGUCACUUUACCCCUACCUACAGUAUAUGUACAUAUCUACCUCAAUUACCUGGUAUCCCUGCACAUCGACUCGAUACUGGUGCCCCUGUGUAUUUAUUUCUCAUGUUAUUAUUUUUCUAUUAUUUUUCUAUUUUUCUCUCUGCACUGUUGGGUAUGCAUUUCACUGUUAAAAUCAAAUCAAAUCAUAUCAAAUUUUAUUGGUCACAUACACGUGUUUAGCAGAUGUUAUUGCGGGUGUAGCAAAAUGCUUGUGCUUCUAGCUCCGACAGUGCAGUGAUAUUUAACAAGUACUAUCUAACAGUUUCACAACAUAUACCCAAUACACACAAAUCUAAGUAAGGAAUUAAGAAUAUAUACAUAAAUACAUAUAUGGACGAGCGAUGUCAGAGCGGCAUGGACUAAGAUACAGUAGAAUAGUAUAGAAUACAGUAUAUACAUAUGAGAUGAGUAAUGCAAGAUAUGUAAACAUUAUUAAAGUUGCUAGUGUUCCAUUUCUUAAAGUGGCCAGUGAUUUCUAGUCUAUGUCUAUAGGCAGCAGCCACUAAUGUGCUAGUGAUGGCUGUUUAACAGUCUGUUGGCCUUGAGAUAGAAGCUGCUUUUCUUUCUCUCGGUCCCAGCUUUGAUGCACCUGCACUGACCUUGCCUUCUGGAUGAUAGCGGGGUGAACAGGCAGUGGCUCGGGUGGUUGAUGUCCUUGAUGGUCUUUUUGGCCUUCCUGUGACAUCGGGUUCUGUAGGUGUCAUGGAGGGCGGGUAGUUUGCCCCCGGUAAUGCGUUGGGCAGACCGCACCACCCUCUGGAGAGCCUUGCGGUUGCGGGCGGUGAAGUUGCCGUACCAGGCGGUGAUACAGCUCGACAGGAUGCUCUCAAUUGUGCAUACGUAAAAGUUUGUGAAGGUUUUAGGUUCCAAGCCACAUUUAUUUAGCCUCCUGAGGUUGAAGAGGCUCUGUCGCGCCUUCUUCACCACACUGUAUGUGUGGGUGGUCCAUUUCAGUUUGUCACCUCCUCCUGUUAGUCUACAGUACACCUGUUGUUUAUGAUGCAUGCAACAAAUAUAAUUUUAUUUGAUUUAAUACUACUAUGCCAUAGUUUGUGUUUUUUGGACAAAAGUCCUGUGAAGUUGGUCUACAUAGAGCACCUCUAAUUGAGUUUGUGUGUUUUGGUGUAUUCCAGCUUGGCCUGGGCCACUCUAGCCCAGUAAAGGAGCCCACCCUGGUGACAGCCCUACAGGGGAAGAACAUUAGACAGAUCUCUGCUGGUCGCUGCCACAGCUGAGCCUGGACCACACCCUCACCCUCCGCCAAAGCCUCAGGUACACACACACACACACACACACACACACACACACACACACACACACACACACACACACACACACACACACUGCUCUGCACAACUCUGAAACGUAUCGCUUUACACAUGUUCAUCAACGUUUGUCUCUUCUGAAUCCUCUAGGUGCCUCUGCUAGCCUCCAGCUGGGUCUACCCCAGUCUGUUCCUCCCCAGUACAACGCUCUGAAAGACUGCAGCCCUGACAUCCUCAACACUCGCCUCAGAGUGCUCUACCACUUCUCUGACCUCAUGUUCAAGACUUGGAGGCUGCUCAACCUCGACCCCAGGAACCAGGUAAUGAACAAGAACCUGUGCUCUGUUUAUCUUGUCAACCUCACAUCAUCUCUGAUUGAUCUCCUGUUGGGAAUGAGUUACAGUCUUGCCUUUACAUCCCAUGUCUUACCCAUUACACACACACACACACACACACACACACACACACACACACACACACACACACUCUAUGUCCUUCAUUGAAGCUGAAAAGUACUCUGUUCUGACAUCAGUAUCUCAGGAGAUGGUAUCCACAAUGUCUCCUGUAGUGGGAAAUACACUAGCCCCAUGUCCCAGGACUGUCUGCUGUCUUUAUCUCUCUGUUUGAUUUAUUUGAUUUAUUUCCUCUGUAAAGUACAUUAACAUCUUGUGAUAAUGCUUAUUAAAUACAGUUUGACCUGAUUUGACAUGACGUUUCCUCUCUCCUCUCCCCUCCUGGUGUCUGCGUCUUGCUACAGCUCAGGGACAGCAGCCAUCGUGCAGGGCCAGCUGAGGGGCCUCCUGUCCCCUAAGGUCAACACUCUGCCCCUGGUCAGAUCCAUAGGGAGGACCAUGACCCAGGGUAAGACCUACGGUCCCCAAAUCACUGUCAAGAGGAUAUCCACCAGGUAAUGAAGCCUUUACAGACGCACGUCCAUUGUCUCUGAGCAGGUGCUGGAUAUCAAUAAAAGGUGAAAAGAGAAAAGAGUACACUGCAUUCUAUGCACUCAUGUAAUAGAUUUAUUGGACAACGUCUUCAUCAGAUCUUGUUAACGUAUUUUUUAGGUAAAGCCUUUACAGAAAAUAUACAGUGCCUUUGGAAAGUAUUCAGACCCCUUGAUUUUUUUCACAUUUUGUUAAGUUACAGCUUAUUCUAAAAUUGAUUAAAUCCAGCAAAGCACCCCUACACCAUAUCACCUCCUCCUCCAUGCUUUAUGGUGGGAAAUACACAUGCAGAGAUCAUCCGUUCACCCACACCGCGUCUCACAAAGACACGGCGGUUGGAACCAAAAAUCUCAAAUUUGGACUGCAGACCAAAGGACACAUUUCCACCGGUCUAAUGUCCAUUGCUCGUGUUUCUUGGCCCAAGCAAGUCUCUUCUUAUUAUUGGUGUCCUUUAGUAGUGGUUUCUUUGCAGCAAUUGAACCACGCAGUCUCCUUUGAACAGUUGAUGUUGAGAUGUGUCUGUUACUUGAACGCUGUGAAGCAUUUAUUUGGGCUGCAAUUUCUGAGGCUGGUAACUCUAAUGAACUCAUCCUCUGCAGCAGAGGUAACUCUGGGUUUCCCACUACUGUGGCGGUUCUCAUGAGAGCCAGUUUCAUCAAAGCGCUUGAUGGUUUUUGCAAAUGCACUUGAAGAAACUUUCAAAGUUCUUGACAUUUUCCGGAUUGAAAAUCUUCAUCUUAAAGUAAUGAUGGACUGUCAUUUCUCUUUACUUAUUUGAGCUGUUCUAGCCAUAAUAUGGACUUGGUCUUUUACCAAAUUGGGCUAUCUUCUGUUUACCAUCCCUACCUUGUCACAACACAACUGAUUUGCUCAAACGCAUUAAGAAGGCCCUCCGCCCCAUAGAGCGGCUUCGCUCCUUUUGGUUUACUCCGCUGCCUAGGUUUCACAGUGUUGUCUAUUAUGAGCAAGAAGCCACCUCCAAAGGCUCUUUUAAGAGCUCAGUGCUGCUGUUCCUCUCUCUCUGCGGCUGUCAAGUCACACAACCUGUGUUUCGUCUGCUUGGGCCAACAGCCCGCCAGGAACGGCAUCCAGGACCCCCCAGCUAUGCUCUGCUCUCUUCCAAGGUGCCGCGGGAACGCAAGGCGUUUUUCGAUGUGGAGGUCGCCCUUGAAGACGUUAUCUCCGCAGUCUCAGUUUCUGAAGGCUCUUCUGGAGAAGAUGAUGUCAACGAGGAUGACAAUGGGGAUAUGGAGGACGCGCUGCUUGAGGAGCCGACUCUACUGACCCAGGUUCACGGCCCCCCCUUCCCACUCUGGGGAGGGUGAGUAUAGCAGUGACAACGAGGAGAGGAAGCGCUUUCCAACCUCUCCUCGGGACAGUCGUCCACUCUGCCAGCCUCUGUAUAUUCUGAUUUCUCAGGGCUUAUCUAGGAAGCUGCCAGAUGCCUCAGGAUCUCCCUCCCCCUGGCCAGAAAUCCUGACAUGAUGGUGGGCGGGCCUUUGGCUUAGGUGGCGACCUCCACUCCUGCAUCGGCGCCACAACAAAAGGCACCGUGGGAGAGUGUGUUAAAGACUCAGUGACCAGUUGUUCUGUUGCUCAGCCUCCUCUCUGCAUGCGCUCCCCCUCUGUUGAAGGGAGGAGAGACUUGGUUUUUGAUUUCCUGUCAAAUAAAGAUUUUUCCUGACAGUCACAAAAAGAGCCUGUCUUCCAUAACGGUCAGACGAUCUCCCAGGUCGCUCCCUCCUCUUUCUCUAUUACGGCGGGUCACUCGUAUGUCCAAAAUAAAGAGUGGCGCAGUGGUCUAAGGCACUGCAUCGCAGUGCUAACUGUGUCACUAGAGAUCCUGGUUCGAAUCCAGGCUCUGUCGCAGCCGGCCGCGACCGGGAGACUCAUGGGCGGCGCACAAUUGGCCCAGCGUCGUCCAGGGUAGGGGAGGGAAUGGCCGGCAGGGAUGUAGCUCAGUUGAUAGAGCAUGGCGUUUGCAACGCCAGGGUUGUGGGUUCGAUUCCCACAGGGGGCCAGUAUAAAAAAAAAAUAUGUAUUCACUAACUGUAAGUCGCUCUGGAUAAGAGCGUCUGCUAAAUGACUAAAAAAUGUAAAUGUAAAAAAUGUAUCCUCAGCCCCUCCCAUUUGGGAAGGUGGCUGCACGCUCGCCACCUCUCGUGUCCUUACCUCACUGCUGGAGCUUGUGCUCUUAUGGUUUGCCUCUCAAACACCACGGCCCCCCUCAGGAGUGUGGUCAGCGGUGACUACCCUUCGCCAAGCGUGUCAGUGAUCUAUGCUCUCUGCCAAUGCAAACCGACUGUCUCGCCAUCAAUGGUGAUCUGAGCAGGGUGGUGUAGUGUCCUAAUCCUGCUUUCAUGCCUAAUAUUAUUAAGAGCUCUUACAGAUCACGGAUCCUUGAGCUGUGGGUUUUCUCUUCUCUCCCUCAUGCGAGAGAGAGGAAUGGCUCCAUCGUCUGUGUCCUGUCCACCUGUUGGCGCGUUAUGUGGAGUGCACAGCGAUGGUUAGGUCAUCACCCCAGCUGUUUGUGUGCUAUGGUGCUGCGGCGCUUGGUCAGCCACUCUCAAAAUAGCGAUUGUCUCACUGGCUCUGCGAUGGCAUUGCCUUGAGACUAAGGGGUGCCCAGUGCCUUCGGACAUUAGGGCUCACUCCACACGUGGAGUUGCGACCUUCUCUGCCCUUUUCAGAGCAUUGUGGUCGACGCCUUCCCCUUUUAUCAGUUUUCUACCUUUUAGAUACGUCAUCGGGCUCUAUCGCAAAGUCUGCACUUGGCGUGGCUGCUGAGAGGACUUAAGCUGAGGGGGUGGGGUGAUGACCUUCAUCGUUGUGCACUCCGCAUAACGCGCCAACAGGUGGACAGGACACAGACGAUGGAGCCAUUCCUCUCUCUCGCAUGAGGGAGAGAAGAGAAAACCCACAGCUCAAGGAUCCGUGAUCUGUAAAAAUCUUUAUUUUGGACAUACAGUGCCUUCAGACCCUUGACUUUUUCCACAUUUUGUGACGUUAAAGCCUUAUUCUAAAAUUGAUUAAAUAAAACAUUUCCCUCAGCAAUCUACACACAAUACCCCAUAAUGACAAAGCGAAAACAGGUAGUUAGACAUUUUUGCACAUUUAUUAAAAAUAAAAAACAGGAAUACCUUAUUUACAUAAGUAUUCAGACCCUUUGCUAUGAGACUCGAAGUUGAGCUCAGGAGCAUCCUGUUUCCGUUGAUCAUCCUUGAGAUGGAUCUAUAACUUGAUUGGACAUUAUUUGGAAAGGCACACAACUGUCUUUAUAAGGUCCCACAGUUGACAGUGAAUGUCAGAGCAAAAACCCAGCCAUGAGGUCGAAGGAAUUGUCCGUGGUGCUCCGAGACAUGAUUGUGUCGAGGCACAGAUUUGGGGAAGGGUACCAAGAACACAGUGGCCUCCAUCAUAUGACAUGGUUAUGACGCUCAUCACUCCAUUCAAUGUAUUAAUGUGACACAGAGGUUGGUAAAUUAUGUUAUAACAUCUGGUAUGUAGGCUCUUAUGUAGCAUGUAAUAACGUAUGACAUAAGUUGUCUUGCAGACUGUGUAAUAGCAGUUAUUAACAGUUGACAUUAGACCAUAUAACAGGAUGAGCAGUCAUCUAUAACACCCAUUAUAAUUAGUUUCAUGACAUCUUAUUCCAUAACUCAUAAAUAUUUAAAACUUCUCAUGACAGCUUAUAACAAAUGUUAUGUGUUACAUAGCAGUUAUAAAGGCUUUAUGAAUGCAUGAAGGAGGACACCUACGGUAAAGUGUUACCCACAUUUAUUUUCUGCCCUUCACCUUUAGCUUGAGCAGCUGUUGAUAGAGAUUUCCCUCCUAUGAUUUGUCCCUACACAGUUUUGUUAGGUAUUCCUACAGAAAACAGAAAAAUAUAUGUUCCUUUUCCGCUCUUGGUCUUUAGCUUGAGCAGCUGUUUGAUGGGCAUUCUCUUUGGGUUAGCCCCUAAUGUAUUUUCCUUUACAGAAAACAGAAAAAUACAUGUUUAUUUUCCGCUCUUGAUCUUUAGCUUGAGCGGCUGUUUGAUGGGCAUUCCCUUUGGGUUAGCCCCUAAUGUAUUUUCUACUGCAUGUUAGUUGAUGAUGAUUGAUAUUAUCCUUGGGUUCCCCCCCCCCCCCCCCAUUGCAUCUUCCUACAGUGAGGGAAAAAAGUAUUUGAUCCCCUGCUGAUUUUGUACGUUUGCCCACUGACAAAGAAAUGAUCAGUCUAUAAUUUUAAUUGUAGGUUUAUUUGAACAGUGAGAGACAGAAUAACAACAACAAAAAAAUCCAGAAAAACGCAUGUCAAAAAUGUUAUAAAUUGAGUUGCAUUUUAAUGAGUGAAAUAAGUAUUUGACCCCCUCUCAAUCAGAAAGAUUUCUGGCUCCCAGGUGUCUUUUAUACAGGUAACAAGCUGAUAUUAGGAGCACACUCUUAAAGGGAGUGCUCCUAAUCUCAGCUUGUUACCUGUAUAAAAGACACCUGUCCACAAAAGCAAUCAAUCAAUCAGAUUCCAAACUCUCCACCAUGGCCAAGACCAAAGAGCUCUCCAAGGAUGUCAGGGACAAGAUUGUAGACCUACAAUCUGGAAUGGGCUACAAGACCAUCACCAAGCAGCUUGGUGAGAAGGUGAUAAUAAUAAUAAAUAACUGUCAAUCUCCCUCGGCCAGGGGCUCCAUGCAAGAUCUCACCUCAUGGAGUUGCAAUGAUCAUGAGAACAGAGAGGAAUCAGCCCAGAACUACACGGGAGGAUCUUGUCAAUGAUCUCAAGGCAGCUGGGACCAUAGUCACCAAGAAAACAAUUGGUAACACAUUACGCCGUGAAGGACUGAAAUCCUGCAGAGCCCACAAGGUCCCCCUGCUCAAGAAAGCACAUAUACAGGCCCGUCUGAAGUUUGCCAAUGAACAUCUGAAUGAUUCAGAGGAGAACUGGGUGAAAGUGUUGUGGUCAGAUGAGACCAAAAUCGAGCUCUUUGGCAUCAACUCAACUCGCCGUGUUUGGAGGAGGAGGAAUGCUGCCUAUGACCCCAAGAACACCAUCCCCAUCGUCAAACAUGGAGGUGGAAACAUUAUGCUUUGGGGGUGUUUUCCUGCUAAGGGGACAGGACAACUUCACCGCAUCAAAGGGACGAUGGACGGGGCUAUGUACCGUCAAAUCUUGGGUGAGAACCUCCUUCCCUCAGCCAGGGCAUUGAAAAUGGGUCAUGGAUGGGUAUUCCAGCAUGACAAUGACCCAAAACACACGGCCAAGGCAACAAAGGAGUGGCUCAAGAAGAAGCACAUUAAGGUCCUGGGCUGGCCUAGCCAGUCUACAGACCUUAAUCCCAUAGAAAAUCUGUGGAGGGAGCUGAAGGUUCGAGUUGCCAAACGUCAGCCUUAAAACCUUAAUGACUUGGAGAAGAUCUGCAAAGAGGAGUGGGACAAAAUCCUUCCUGAGAUGUGUGCAAACCUGGUGGCCAACUACAAGAAACAUCUGACCUCUCUGAUUGCCAACAAGGGAUUUGCCACCAAGUACUAAGUCAUGUUUUGCAGAGGGGUCAAAUACUUAUUUCCGUCAUUAAAAUGCAAAAUAAAUGUAUAACAUUUUUGACAUGCUUUUUUCUGGAUUUUUUUGUUGUUAUUCUGUCUCUCACUGUUCAAAUAAACCUACCAUUACAAUUAUAGACUGAUCAUUUCUUUGUCAGUGGGCAAAGGUACAAAAUCAGCAGGGGAUCAAAUACUUUUUUCCCUCACUGUAGGUGUACCUCCACUGUACUCAUAUCUUUCCAUAUCCUUGUCUGUACAUGAUGCCCUGAAUCUAUUCUACAACGCCCGGAAAUCUGCCCCUUUUCUCUGUACCCAAUGCACUAGAAGACCAGUUCUUAAAGCCUUUAGCCGUAUCGUUGUUCUAUUCCUCCUCUGUUCCUCUGGUGAUGUAGAGGUUAACCCAGGCCCUGUAGACCCCAGUAUCACUCCUACCCCCCAGGUGCUAUCAUUUGUUGACUUCUGUAACCGUAAAAGCCUUGGUUUCUUGCAUGUUAACAUCAGAAGUCUCCUCCCCAAGUUUGAGUUAUUCACUGUGUUAGCACACUCUGCCAACCCUAAUGUUCUAGCAGUGUCUGAAUCUUGGCUUAGGAAGGCCACCAAAAAUUCAAAAAUGUCCAUUCCGAACUACAACAUUUUCCGUCUAGAUAGAACUGCCAAAGGGGGUGGAGUUGCAAUCUACUGUAGAGAUAGCCUGUAGAGCUCUAUCAUACUAUCCAGGUCUGUGCCCAAACAGUUUGAUCUUCUACUACUAAAAAUCCACCUUUCCAGAAAUAGGUCUCUCACUUUUGCCGCUUGCUACAGACCCCCCUCAGCCCCCAGUUGUGCCCUGGACACCAUAUGUGAAUUGCUUGCCCCUCAUCUAUCCUCAGAGAUCGUACUGUUGGUGACCUAAACUGGGAUAUGCUUAACACCCUGGCCGUCCUACAAUCUAAACUAGAUGCCCUCAAUCUCACACAAAUUAUCAAGGAACCUACCAGGUACAACCCUAAAUCCGUAAAUAUGGGCACCCUCAUAGAUAUCAUCCUGACUAAUUUACCCUCUAAAUACACCUCUGCUGUCUUCAACCAGGAUCUGAGCGAUCACUGCCUCAUUGCCUGCGUCCGUAAUGGGUCUGUGGUCAAAUGACCACCCCUCAUCACUGUCAAACACUCCCUAAAACACCUUUCUAAUUGACCUGGCCCGGGUAUCCUGGAUGGAUAUUGACAUCAUUCCGUCAGUAGAGGAUGCCUGGAUGUUCUUCAAAAGUGCUUUCCUCUCCAUCUUAAAUAAGCAUGCCCCAUUCAAAAAAUUCAGAACUAAGAACACAUAUAGCCCCUGGUUCACCCCAGACUUGAAUGACCUUGACCAGCACAAAAAAAUCCUGUGGUGUACUGCAUUAGCAUCGAACAGCCCCCGCGAUAUGCAACUUUUCAGGGAAGUCAGGAACCAAUAUACAUUGUCACAAACCCUAUUACUAGCCUGUUCAACCUCUCUUUCGUAUCAUCUGAGAUCCCCAGAGAUUGGAAAGCUGCCGCGGUCAUCCCCCUCUUCAAAGGGGGUGACACUCUAGAUCCAAACUGUUACAGACCUAUAUCCAUCCUGCCCUGACCUUCGAAAGUUUUUGAAAGCCAAGUUAACAAACAGAUCACCGACCAUUUCGAAUCCCACCGUACCUUCUCCGCUAUGCAAUCCGGUCAUGGGUGCACCUCAGCCACGCUCAAGGUCCUAAACGAUAUUAUAACCGCGAUCGAUAAUAGACAGUACUGUGCAGCCAUCUUCAUCAACCUGGCCAAGGCUUUCGACUCUGUCAACCACCGCACUCUUAUUGGCAGACUAAAUAGCCUUGGUUUCUCAAAUGACUGCCUCGCCUGGUUCACCAACUACUUCUCAGAUAGAGUUCAAUGUGUCAAAUCGGAGGGCCUGUUGUCUGGACCUAUGGCAGUCUCUAUGGGGGUGCCACAGGGUUCAAUUCUUGGGCCGACUCUUUUCUCUGUGUAUAUCAAUGAUGUCGCUCUUGCUGCUGGUGACUCUCAGAUCCACCUCUACGCAGACGACACCAUUUUGUAUACAUCUGGCCCUUCAUUGGACACUGUGUUAACAAAUCUCCAAAUGAGCUUCAAUGCCAUGCAACACUCCUUCCGUGGCCUCCAACUGCUCUUAAACGCUAGUAAAACUAAAUGCAUGCUCUUCAAUCGAACGCUGCUUGCACCCGCCCGCCCUACUAGAAUCCCUACUCUCGGCAGGGUUGACUUAGAAUAUGUGGACAACUACAAAUACCUAGGUGUCUGGUUAGACCGUAAACUCUCCUUCCAGACUCACAUUAAGCAUCUCCAAUCCAAAGUUAAAUCUAGAAUUGUUCUCGUUGGCUGGCCCUCACUACAUAUUUGUCGCCAAAGUCACUGGCUCCAGGUCAUCUAUAAAUUACUUCUAGGCAAAUCCCCGCCUUAUCUUAAAUCAUUGGUCACCAUAGCAACACCCACCCAUAGUAUGCGCUCCAGCAGGUAUAUCUCACUGGUCAUCCCCAAAGCCAACAACUCCUUUGGCCGCCAUUCCUUCCAGUUCUCUGCUGCAAAUGACUGGAACGAACUGCAAAAAUCUCUGAAGCUGGAGACACUUAUCUCCCUCACUAACUUUAAGCAUCAGUUGUCAGAGCAGCUUAACGAUCACUGCACCUGUACACAGCCCAUCUGUAAUUAGCCCACCCAACUACCUCAUCCCCAUAUUGUUAUUUACAUUGUUAUUUAUUUUGUUCAUUUGCAUCCCAGUAUUUCUAUUUGCACAUCAUCUUCUGCACAUCUAUCACUCCAGUGUUAAUACUAAAUUGUAAUUAUUUUGCACUAUGGCCUAUUUAUUGCCUUACCUCAAUAACUUACUACAUUUUCACACACUGUAUAUAGAUUUUCUAUUGUGUUAUUGACUGUACGUUUUGUUUAUUCCAUAUGUAACUCUGUGUUGUUCUUGUUUUUAUUGCACCACUUUGCUUUAUCUUGGCCAGGUCGCAGUUGUAAAUAAGAACUUGUUCUCAACUGGCUUACCUGGUUAAAUAAAGGUUAAAUAAAUAAAAAAAUACAAAUCAAAUAGAAGUAUCUAUAGUAUUGAGAGAAGUUCAGUGGGUUAUUCCAAAACGAGCGACAAUAAUAAGGGAACAAUUAGGCACGAGGAAAACAAUAAUGAAAAUAUAACUGACCCUACACCCUAAUAUAGACACUGAACCAAACCUAAUGCUAGCAUCAGGGAGACCAAGAAUACAGGGAAUAGAGAUGUCAGGAACACAAGUAGAAAUCAUGAAGAUAAGGUUCCCAGAGAAUAAAGAAGAGAUUGGAAAAAUCUCUGAUGAAUGGGAAAAAAGAACCAGAAAGAUGGCAACAAAAUGGCCAAAGGAAGGAACGUUUGAUGUGACAGUGUGUAAGGAAAUGGAUACCAUAAUAAAGUAUUAUAAAACAGGAGAGAAAGGGGAGAAAAUAAAGAAGAGAGAGAAAGAGAGAGACAUUUUGAAAAUGUUCUGGGAGGAAGGAAAGGGCUGGAUAGAGAGCAUGGCCAAAGCUAGAAGGAUAAUAAUGGAAAAAGAGAGAGAACCAAAAAAGGCUUGCCCAACUGCACCACUACCGUACACACAAUGGGGGCAAUAUCCUCAGGUCACAGGACUAGUCUCAAUAACAGGGAAUGUAGAGCUAGAAGAGGAAAAAGGGAAGCAGAGGGCUUCCACCUCAAAAGGGCUUCCACCCCAAAAAGAGAAAGAACAUAUAACUUAGAUAUAUAAUGUUAUGAGGGACUGAGGGGCAUGUUAACAAAACUGGAAAAUUAUGUGAUAGAUGAACAAGAUUAUGAUGGCACUGCAAGCCCACCUGGAAAAAUCAAAUAGAGAAUUAAAAAACAGAAGGACAAUAAAAAAGGCAGAAGGUAUGGAGCUCAAUAUCCCAUUUUGGUAAAGGGGACACAUGUUCACUAUGUGCCAUGGGGGAUCACAGGACCUGGAAGGCCUGGUGACUAGACAGCCAAACAUACAUGAAGGAGCAGGAAAACAGAUUAGAACAUUUGAAGAACAAACAAUGGGGAAACUACUGGCGGUGGGAGAUUUGAAGGCAUUGCUGGCCAGGGUGGUGGGAGUGGUCAACAUGGAGGACCUGUUGCAGGCGGGUGGCCUCAUACAGGCGGUGUGGAGGACGCUACAGGAUGGAGUGGCCUUUGACAAUUAUAGGCCAGGACUAUGGUACACUCUGAGAAUAGAGUAUCCGGCCAAAAUAGACCCUAAAGCACUGAGAGGGGAGCCAUUGGGGGAUAAAGAAAACCUGGCAGGUUACCUGGAGGACCAGCUCAAGAGGUGGCGACAAGAAACAGAAAGAGACCCAGAGGGGGAUCCACUGAUGACAACACUGUUCAGGACAUCACUGAUGGAAGCAAUGACAACGCCUGUCAGAAGCAGACUGGAAGAUGUGGUGGGACUAACACCAAAGUCACACAAAGAGUUCUGCGACCAUGUUAUCCACGCAGUGGAAAAAUACAGGAAGGACGAACAAAAACUGACAGAGCAGGGGAGAGACGUUCAAAGAAAACUGACAGAUGCAGCUGGAAGAGCUGACAAGAAAGGACAAAAAGAAAACACAAACCCCAGUGAUUACUCCAGUACUGCCAGAAGAGGGUGCCAUGGCACCUGUUCUCCAGGGAGGUUCACAACCACAGCCUCAACCACAAGGCCAAAGAGCUCCUGCCAUACCAGUAGUGAAUGUGUACACACAACAAUCCCCUGGACAGUGGCAAAACUAAAAUAAUGGAAACAGACCCAGGAAUCAAGGGCACCGACCACAGCAGCAGACAUACCAAAAUGGUGGACCAGGAAGACCGCCAGGUGUCUGCUGGGAGUGUCAUCAAUUAGGACAUACAAGAAGGGAUUGUCCUACUAACCCAUGGCUGCCUAGGCAACCACAACAGGGUAAUUGGCAAAUAAAUUACACCAGCUCAGAUGCAUGGCAACAGUCUCAGACACAGGAGGACCAAAUCAGGGAUACUAGGGAUGCCCAGAUAAUCCUAGAGGGGAGUGUCAGCUAGUGGCAGUAACUAUGCAGGCUGAUGAAGAACCUAUGCUGCAGGUUCAGGUGAACAAAUAGAGGCACACCCAUGACAAUAGAUACUGGAGCAACUUACUUAUGUGUAAGUCCGCAUUAACCCUCUCACCUCCCCAUGUUAGGCAAAUAUGCAAAGACAGUAGGAUUUUUGUUACAAAUGCAUCUAAUACCUAUGACAGUUCCAGUAAAACUAGAAGCAGGAGGAAAAGCUACCAGCAAACCUAUAUUGGUAUCAGAACAAACUCCAGUUAAUCUAUUAGGAAGAGAUGCACUGUGCAGAAUGGGCAUCCGAAAUAAAUUAACAUCAGAGGGACUAAAUGCGCUGACCAACUGGCAAAUCUGAGUUGGUAAUACCAACAUGUUUCAAGUAGACCACCAUAGUCCCUGUGCCCAAGGACACUAAGAUAACCUGCCUAAAUGACUACAGACCCGUAGCACUCACGUCUGUAGCCAUGAAGUGCUUUGAAAGGCUGGUCAUGGCUCACAUCAACACCAUUAUCCCAGUAACCCUAAACCCACUCUAACUUGCAUACCGCCCCAACAGAUCCACAGAUGAUGCAAUCUUUAUUGAACUCCACACUGCCCUUUCCCACCUGGAUAAGAGGAACACCUAUGUGAGAAUGCUAUUAAUUGACUACAGCUCAGCGUUCAACACAUUAGUGCCCUCAAAGCUCAUGACUAAGCUAAGGACCCUGGGACUAAACACCUCCCUCUGCAACUGGAUCCUGGGCUUCUUGACGGGCCGCCCCCAGGUGGUAAUUGUAGGUAACAACACAUCUGCCACGCUGAUCCUCAAAACGGGGGCCCCUCCGGGGUGUGUGCUCAGUCCCCUCCUGUACUCCCUGUUCACCCAUGACUGCAUGACCAGGCAUGACUCCAACACCAUCAUUACAUUUUCUGACGACACAACAGUGGUAGGCCUGAUCACCGACAAUGAUGAGACAGCCUAUAGGGAGGAGGUCAGAGACCUGGCCGUGUGGUGCCAGGAUAACAACCUCUCCCUCAACGUGAUCAAGACAAAGGAGAGAAUUGUGGACUACAGGAAAAAAGAGGACUGAGCACGCCCCCAUUCUCAUCGACAGGGCUGUAGUGGAACAGGUUGAGAAUUUCACGUUUCUUGGUGUCCACAUCACCAACAACCUUUCAUGGUCCAAACACACCAAGACAGUCGUGAAGAGGGUACGACAACGCCUAUUCCCCCUCAGGAGACUGAAAAUAUUUGGCAUGGGUCCUCAGAUCCUCAAAAAGUUCUACAGCUCCACCAUCGAGAGCAUCCUGACUGGUUGCAUCACCGCCUGGUAUGGCAACUGCUCAGCCACCGACCACAAGGCGAUACAGAGGGUAGUGCGUACGGCCCAGUACAUCACUGGGGCCAAGCUUCCUGCCAUCCAGGACCUCUAUACCAGGCGGUGUCAGAGGAAGGCCCUAAAAAUUGUCAAAGACUCCAGCCACCCUAGUCAUAUACUGUUCUCUCUGCUACCGCACGGCAAGUGGUACCGGAGCGCCAUGUCUAGGUCCAAAAGGCAUCUUAACAGUUUUUACCCCCAAGCCAUAAGUCUCCUGAACAGCUAAUCAUGGCUACCCAGAUUAUUUGUACUGCCCCCCCCCCACCCCAAGUCACUUUAACUCUACCCACAUGUACAUAUUACCUCAAUUACCUCAACUAGCCGGUGCCCCAUUGACUCUGUACCGGUCCCCCACUUUAUAUAGCCUCCCUACUGUUAUUUUAUUUUACUGCUGCUCUUUAGUUAUUUGCUUUUAUUUUUUACUUAUCAAUUUUUUCCUUAAUACUUUUUUAAAUUAAUUUUUGUCUUUAAGAAACUGCAUUGUUGGUUAAGGGCUUCUAAGUAAGCAUUUCACUGUAAUGUCUACACCUGUUGUAUUUGGCAAAUGUGGCAAAUACAAUUUGAUUUGAUUUGAUUUGAUUUGAAUAAUAGAUCAGGAAGGUGUACGUCCACAGAUGAUGAUGGCUAUGGACAAAACAGCAAAUUUAUACUGGAUAGGGAACAAAGAAUCACCAGAACCACCACUACUAAAGAAGUGGGGAAAAUGUAUAAGGGCUCAAGUUCUAGAAAUGAAAUCACCAAAAUUAGGCUCUCAUUGUACACUACAAUAUGACCCAUAUCAAAAUAAUUUGCUAGAACAACUAUGGUUGAGGAAGGCAUGGGGUAAACCGGCCUCCAUGAUAUCACAAUAUUUUGUAAUAGGGAAACAACGGGCAGCAAUGGAAGCACAAGAUGCUCCAGGUGCUGAUAUCGUACAGACCUGGUUUGAAAUAUAAGGAACAGAACCUCACAUAACACUUUUAGUGGCUGAGGGAUAUCAGGCAAAAUACCUAGGACCAAUGAUGAAAAAGGCUAAAAGUACACAGUGGGUAAAAACAGAGAAUCCAUUAAUUUUCCAGUCUGUUGACAAAAACCUAAUUAAAGUCCUAUGCUUUGCAGAACUGAUGGGGGAACCACAGGAAGUGGAAAUAACUGAGGAAAGAUAGAUGCCAGUAGUUAAAGAAGAAACAAAACAAGAAAAGUGAAGGAAACAAAUGGAAAGUAUGAUCACAUAAGACUUAUGGGCAAAACAUGAUACAGAUGUGGGUUUGGUAAAAUCACCUAAUCACAUUUGUAUUUCUCAGACACAAGAAUCCCAUGGAAACAGCAAUACCCAAUGAAACCUGAAGCAGAGGCAGGAAUUCCAGCUAUGGUAGCGGGACUGAUAGAAGCAGGAGUACUGGUUAAAACCCAGAGUGACUGUAACACGCCACUGCUACCAGUACUAAAAGCAGACAAACAGAAGUGGAGACUGGUCCAUGACCUGAGAGCAGUGAAUGAAGUAGUUCAAGACUACCAAGCAGAGGUACCCAAUCCACACACACUGUUAACAAACAUUCCAGCAGAUGCAAAAUGGUUCUCAGUGAUAUGCUUAUUUCCAGUGUACCCUUAGCGGAAGAAAGUAGACACUUGUUUGCAUUUACUUACAAAGGACAGCAAUUUACAUACACGAGGAUGCCUCAGGGAUUUAAGCAUUCUCCUCAUUUGUUUAAUCAAGUAUUAAGCGCUGACUUAGAAGACCUAACAUUAGAAGGGACAUUAAAACAGUAUGUAGAUGACUUACUGGUUUGUGCAACCACAAUAUAACUAAGCCAUCAGGAUACUGUAAAAAUAUUGGAAAGGCAUGCAGAAGGAGGACAUAAAGUGUCAAAGAAAAAUAUUGUCAGGCACAAGUUGAGUACCUAGGAAGAACAAUAGCUCAGCAGACUAAAGCAAUUGCACCCUCACAAUUGGAAGGGUUGAGUAAGGCUCCAGUGCCACAAACAGUGGGACAGAUGCUAACAUUUUUGGGAAAGGAUUUAGUUCUUGGGUAGGAUUGGGUAGAAGAUCAUGCAGUAAAAACAGCACCUUUAAGAGAAAUAAUGAAAAAUGCAGGAGUAACAGAGUUGAGAGCAAAACUAAAAUGGAACAGCAAUGCAGUAGCAGCAUUUGAAAUGAUAAAACAGGAUAUGCAAACAGCCCCAGCACUAGGGACUCCAGACUACACGAAACCCUUCUUACUGUAUGUAGCAAACCGCUAUCAGGGAUUUGCAGCAGCAGUACUGAUGCAAGAAACCUGUGCAGGAAGGAGAAAGCAGCCAAUAGCAUUUUACAGAUUCAGUAGCACAAGCGCAUCAACCAUGUUACCAGGGAUUGGCUGCUGUACAGUAUGCAUAUGACAAAGCUUCCACAAUCAUAAUGGGGUACCCAGUGGUGAUCUACACUCGUCAUAAAAUAACUGAGUUGAUUGAGCAAGGAAAAUGUGAACUGACCAAUGCCAGAAUAUUGGAGCAUUUGACAUUAUUGACCUAUCCAGAUGUAACCUUAAAAUGAUGUACUACAGUUAACCCAGCCGAGAGGAUACCAAUAGAAACUGAAGGCGAACCACAUGACUGUAUAGUAGAGUCCUUAACAUUCACUAAAUUGAGACCUGAUUUGUUGUCAAUUCCAAUGCUAGGAGCUACGGAGGAAUUGUUUGUAGAUGGGUCUUGCUUUAGAGACUAUGAUGGUAAUCAUGCUGGUUAUGCAGUAAUAAGGAAAGGACUAGAUGACCAAUUCUACACCAUAGAGAGUGAAAGUUGUGACCAACCAUGUUCUGCUCAACUAGCAGAGCUGAGAGAAUUAACAGCAGCAUGUAACCUAGGAAGGGAUAAAGUGGUAAAUAUUUACACUGAUUCAGCAUAUGCGCAUGGAGUAUGCCACCUGUUUGGAUCAGUAUGGAAACAGAGAGUGUUUAGGAAAACAGAUGGAAGCUCAAUUUUGCAUUUGAACAAAUACAAUAACUAAUGAUUGCAUUAAUGAGGCCAAAACAAAUAGCAAUUGUUAAAUGCCAAGCAUACAAGAAGGGAAAAUAAUACAUUACCAGAGGAAACAAUGCAGCAGAUGAAGAGGCAAAAAUAGCAUCUAAAUGUAAAGUAGCUAUACAGGCUCCACUGAUUCUGAUAGAAGCAGCCCCAGAAUAGAUGAUAUAAUAAGAAUACAGGACAGAGCCAACAUAAUUGAGCAUACUAUGUGGGAAAAAAGAGGUGCAACAAAGGAUGGGAAGGGAUUAUGGAGAACACAUGAUGGGCUAAUAGUGGCUCCUAUAACACUUCUGAGUUUACUCAUUACCAAUGCACAUGGGUUAGAUCAUUGUGGAAGAGGGGAGGUAAUAAGGAAAAUUAGAAAACAGGGUUUCUGGUCCCCAUAUAUGCAAACAACAGUAGAUUUAAAAUUGGUGCGAAAAUAUUAUCAGAAAAGGAAUAACAGCACCAAUUGCACACAUUCCAGUACCAGAAGGACCUUUCAGACACCUAGCAAUAGACUAUGUGGAUAUGAUAAAACCAGUGAAUGGGAAAAAGUGUAUGCUAGUGGUAAUUGACAGAUUUAGCAGAUGGGUAGAAGCAGUCCCAUCUAAAACUCUAGGGGCAGCAACAGUAGUACAAUUCUUAACAAGAGAAGUGAUGCCACGAUUUGGGAUUCCAACAAAAAUCAGUUCAGUCAAUGGUUCGGCAUUUAUAAAGGACACGGCAAAAAUAGUGAUGCAGCAGUUGCGCAUAAAGCAGAGAUUAGGAUGUGUUUACCAUCCUCAAUCGCAGGGUAUGGUGGAAAGAGUAAACAGUUCUCUGAAGACCAAGAUUGCAAAAAUCUGUGAGAGUACAAGGUUGAAUUGGGUAGAUGCCAUACCUCUGGCACUAAUGAGUUAUUGCAUGCAAGCUAACAGAGCAAUGCAUCUAACACCGAAUUAAAUGCUUACGGGCCGACCCAUGCCAGUGCCAGUUCUUAGAGGACCAUAUUAGGGUCUACCUCUAGAACGGUUGGAAAGGGAGUUAGAAGAGUAUAUCAGGCAACUAACUGCUAUACAUAAAGUUAUAUACCUACAGGAAAAAGACAGAGUUCCUGAACCAGAGGCGAAUCCACCACGACCAGUAGUCCCAGGGGAGAAGGUCUACCUCCGGGUCUUCAGAAAGAGGUGGAAUGAACAGAGACGUGAGGGACCAUACACCGUCACUAGGCUACACCAACUGCCGUAAGGGUCGAGGGGAGCUCAACCUGGUAUCAUCUGAACCACUGCACCAGAGUACCGCAUGGACACCGACGACCUGGAGAUGAGGAAGCUGAAGAUGCUGAACUACCAGGCAGGGACGGAGAAGAAACAGAAAUAGAAGAAGAGGGAGAAGGGAUGGAAGCUCAAGCAGAAUCACCAAUCUGCUGGGGCUGGCCAAAGUCAGGAGAUGGGGGAGGAUGGUGGUAGGAAUGCUGCUGAUGAGCUACGUGCUCUGGCUAAUUCCUUCAGCCGAGGGGCAGAUCUCCAAGACCCUGCAGACCUCCAAGAGCCUGCAGACCUCCAUGAACCUACAGACCUCCAAGAGCCUACAGACCUCCAAGACAUCCCAGACCUCCAAGAACUCCAAGACCUCCAAGAACUUCAAGAACUUCCAGACCUACAAGACUCACUUGAUUUCCCUACCAUUGACAUUCUCUGUCUUUGAUGGGCUCUCCUAGCAGAAAUGGGAAACCAGAACAGUUGAACAAUGAACAUGAAACACUGACAAUAGUAAAGAGCACAAGAACAAGACGAAGAAGGGAAAUGGACAGAAUUAGAAUGUAUAUCCCGGCACAAGCAAGAACCAAAGCUGAAAUACAGAAACGGAUUGCUGUUAAAAAACAAGGGUCAAAUGAUUAUUGGUGUGGGUGGACCCAGCACAGUAAUUAUGGAGAAGUCGCAUGGGGAAAAUGUGAUUUAAAGAUAAUAAAAGAAGAAGACAGGUGAAUCAUAGACAUAAAAGGAACAGCCAAAUACUUAGAUAAACAAUAUGAUGUAGUAUUUACAAGUAUUAACUUCCCAAUGGGAAAGGUUACUGAAAUAAAGAUCCCUGUUUGUAAAGAUCCCAUACCACAGAUGAUAGAUAAGCUUGUGAGCUCUGGGUUUUUAACAACAGAAACUGUUAAGAGGGACUUGACUUAAGCAUGUUUUGGUCGUUGUUGCAUUGAUGAACAAGGUGACAUGGUGACGUACAUCAGUAUAAAUACAGCCAACAGUGUGUGACUGAGUAAGUCAAUUAUUGAGUGGCAAUGUUUGCUACAGUCAUGGGGGAUUCAUAGCAAUAACACACAUAACAGAUAUGGGAGAUAUACAGUACAUGGGACAUUUUAAUUUCAAAACACUUGGAUCAUAGUAAUAACUAGCUUUUGCUUGUAUUGUAUAAAAAAACAUACGAGAGACAUGUAAGCUAAGCCUUCUAAGGUCUCACAUACGUGGGACAUACAUUUCAAAGCACUUGCAUACCACUGUCUGACAUCAUUGAAGGCCCUCCUGUAGCUCAGUUGGUAGAGUAUGGCGCUUGCAACGCCAGGGUUGUGGGUUCGUUUCCCACGGGGGGCCAGUGUGAAAAAUGUAUGCACUCACUAACUGUAAGUCGCUCUGGAUAAGAGCGUCUGCUAAAUGACUAAAAUGUAAAUGUAAAAUGUAAGUAAUUAUUCCUUGGGUAAGCGCACCAAACCCCGUGACUGUUAGAGCCCCAAUAGAAGCACCAAACCCCUUAACUGUUUGAGCCCCAACAAAAGCAGAAGGAAGGGAAUGGAAGGAGGCACUGUCACGCCCUGGCUCUGGGGACUCUUGUAUGUUGAGCCAGGGUGUUAGUUUCUUUGUGUAGUGUCUAUGUUUCGUUUCCUAUGUUCUGUUCUAGGUUAUGUGUUUCUAUGUUGGCUGGGGUGAUUCUCAAUCAGAGGCAACGAGAAUCAGCUGUUGCUUGUUGUUUCUGAUUGGGAACCAUACUUAGGCAGCCAUACUUUGUGCACUUGUGAUUCGUGGGAUCUUGUUCCGUGUUGGUUUGUGUUAUUGACCGGGGACUUCACGUUUCGUUUUGUUGUUUUGUAUUUUGUAUCGUGUUGCUAAGUACACUAUUAAAGAGAUGUACGCAUAUCACGCUGCGCCUUGGUCCACUCAUUAUGACGAUCGUGACAGAAGAUCCCACCAAAUAAGGACCAAGCAGCGUGUCCAGGAGCAGACAGCCUGGACUUGGGAGGAGAUCUUGGACGGGCAGGGGUCCUGGACUUGGGAGGAAAUCCAGGCCGGUAUGGAUCGCCGUCCGUGGGAGGAGACGGUGGAGGCGCGCCAUAGAGAGGAGCAGCGGCGCCAACCGGGCCGACGUCGGACACGCAAGAGGCAACCCCAAUAAAAAAUGUUGGGGGGGCACACAGCAUGGACGACGGGGCUGCUGGAGGCAGCUACUGGGCGAGUUUGUGGAUUAGGAGAGGAGGCCACCGGGUUUGGGGGGCUGGAAGGGAGGUUGGCGGAGCCUAGAGGUAGAGCAGAGCCAACUCCCCGUACUCAGGCUAGGCAGCGUGAGAUUGGGCAGGUUCCGAGGUAUGCGGAGCUGCGUACUGUGCCGCGAGUGGUCCGGCACAGUCCGGUACGUCCUGUUUGAGCACCACGCACGUGUCGUGCUAAGGUGGGCAUGCAGCCAGGACGGAGUGUGCCGGCUCAACGCUCGUGGCCUCCAGUACCCCUCCUCGGUCCCGGAUAUCCUGCGCCAGUGUCACGUGCUGUAGUGCCAGUACGAGUACACAGCCCUGUACGUACUGUGCUGAUGCCUCACACAGAGUGUGUAAAAAUAGGCAUUCAGCCAGGACGGGUUGUGUCAGCUUUUCGCUCCAGACCUCCAGUCCGUCUCCACAGCCCGGUCCGGCCCGUUCCUAUUCCCCGCACCAAGCCUGUGAUGCGCGUCGCCAGCCCGGCCCGGCCUGUUCCUGCCCCUCGCACCAAGCCUGUGUUGCGCGUCACCAGCCUGGCCCGGCCUGUUCCUGCCCCUCGCACCAAGCCAAUGGUGCGCGUCGCCAGCCCGGCCCGGCCUGUUCCUGCUCCCCGCACCAAGCCUAUGGUGCGCGUCGCCAGCCCGGCCCGGCCUGUUCCUAAUCCCCGCACCAAGCCUACGUUUCGUUAUGUUGUUUUGUAUUUUGUAUCGUGUUGCUAAGUACACUAUUAAAGAGAUGUACGCAUAUCACGCUGCGCCUUGGUCCACUCAUUAUGAUGAUUGUGACAGGCACAAAACAGUGAUUGGUUUAAAUGGGCACAAUAUACUACAUUAAAAUUGAAGAAUGAAAAGUGUCUAGUAUGCACUUCUUCUUCUUUAAAAUAAUUAACAGUAGUACCAAAUCCCUACAGUUAUCAGGACUGUGCUGCGUUUAACCUAAACUUUUGUCAUCUGAGGACUUGGGGAAGACCAUACUGCCCAGCAGAAUGUUUGUCAUAUUUAGGAAACCCAAACUAUAGAGAAUUCUAUAAUCAAACAGGAUGGGGGAGAAGUGUAAACAGUUAGAUGUUAGGGUAGAAAUAAAGAAAAGGGAAGUGCCAGAGAAAUACCAAAUAGACUAUGAGUGUUACAACAAAACAAGUGGGGUAUUAGAUAUGGGAAAAUUCAAGGGAAAAUGUGGAACUACCUGGCACAUAGAUACAAAUAGCCGUUGGAAUGCAGAUACCCCCCAAAGGAAAGUCUAUCAAGCAGCAGGGUCAAGUACUGGAGUAAUAGUUACCCCAGAAAUAUGUGAAAAUCAGACAUUGGCAUUACCACUGAUUGCUCCUUAUGAGGAUCAGAUAUUAGCAGUUGCAGACUUCUUCUGGCUCUGUGAGGGGCAACUUAGGGUAAUAUUACCAAAAAUAUGGAAAGGGCUCUGUGCUAGGGUACAGCUAAUACAACAAGUUGUGAUAGCUGACUGGGAGGCCUUAAAUGUUCAUAUACAGGAUAUCAAAUUAAGAAGAUCAAAAAGGGCAUAUGAAGCUGAUCCAAAUGUAAAGAUAGAUGCUAUAGGCCAACCCAGAGGAAUUCCUGACAAAUUUACAGCUAGGAGUGAGGGUAAAUCAGGAUUUGAAUCAAUACUUGUUUGGAUAACCCCCAAUAAAAAUAUGGAAUGGAUCAAUUACAUAUAUUACAAUCAUCAGAGGUUCAUAAACUAUACCGACUCAGCUUUGUCAGCACUGGGAGAACAAGUACAGGUAACAAGUAGGAUGACCUGGCAGAAUAGACAGGCUUUAGAUUGGAUCCUAGCAGAGAAAGGUGGAGUUUGUGUUAUUUUUUGGAAGUGAGUGUUGCACUUUUAUUCCAAAUAACACUGCUCCAGGGGAAACAUUCACUGCAGCAAUGACCAAGAUUAAAGGACUGAGACAAGAACAAUGCUGGACAGGAUGCUCAGGCUUGGGGCUGGUUGGACUUAUCAUUUGGAAAAUGGGGAGCAAUGUUCACAAAGAUGGCAAUAAUGAUAGGCAUAGCACUGGUAGUAAUGGGUAUAUGUUUUUGCUGUGUGUUGCCAUUGCUGAAAACCCUUUUUAUCAAAACCACAGGAAAACAUAUGGCCAUAACAACAGUGAACACUAGAAAAAACUGGGAAAUGGAAUCAACUCCAGGAGGAGUAUUCCCUGUUCAAGGACAACCAGGAUACUACAUCGACCACUUGACUGCCCUUAUGGAAACCCAUAAUGUCUGUAUGGGGUAGUGGCAGGAGGAGGAUGGGCUUGUCAUGACAGGCAACGGCUGAAGAAAACUGGACUUGGAGAUAUUACUCUCCCAGAUUUAUAUCCUGUUCCAUAUUACUUUAGUGGUGAUAAAGAGUCUAAGCAUUAAUUAAGGAAAGUAGGUGAGGUAACGUUUAAAUUGAUUUUGGUGUUGGAACUAGGAGUCCCAUAUGGGAUGCCUGAGGAAAACCUGGAAUCCUAAAAAGAUAGACUAGGCCUCUCUCAUGUUUUCUCUAUGUAGUAUAUGUAUGUAACAUAGAGUUUCCGGUUACAAUUGUCCUUGGACAUCUCUUAAUCCCCUAAACAGGUUCUGCUUAGAUUCAGAAAAUGGUUGUUGGGGGGUAUCCGGAAGGGAGAGCAAGCAUUACUAGACCUUGUAAAACAUAAGGGAUGAUAUUAUGAACAAUAACAUUAUAAGGGAUUUAGUAUUUCAUGUCUUGCUUAUACAAUUGCAAGAUAACUGCCUUAAAUAUAUAUUCUGGUUAAAACAAAGCUGCAUUAUUUUUAUGUGUUAGGAUACUAGCACUUAUAUGUUAAUAGGUUGAGUAGAAACAUUUAUAUUGUUACUUUUGGAAUAGGUAAUGUUUAAAAAUAUAUAUAUAACCUAAAUGCAAGAAUUGUGACUUAAAUCAUGAAUAUUAUGAUUUUUAUGUUAGUCACUAUAUAUCGCAGUAUUCAUGUAUUAGUCACUAUAUACAUUUGAAGUGUGGGACCUAUUAAGUCCCAAAUGGGGGAUAUAUUGAGGAUUUUUCAGUAGAUUAUAUGUUAAACAUAGUAAAUUGUCAGUAGACUAUUUGUUAAACAUAGUAAAUAUUUUCAGACUAUAAGUUAAACACAUUUUUCAGUAGACUAUAAGUUAAACUAUAUGUUAAACAUAGUAAAAUAUUUGUAGACUAUAAAAUUAAAACAUUGUUAAUCAGAUAAACAAGCAGUAAGACUAAGUGAUACAGAGUGUGGUACAGAGUGAUACAGAGUGUGGUACAGAGUGGUACAGGAGGAGAAGGCCUGGAACAGAGCCAGGAGAUGGACCUGGGAAAGGGCCUACUCAUUCUUACUAUGUGUGGGAAAUAUGCACUUAUGAGAACUGUAUAUGGUUGAGAAUUGAUUAUGCUCAGAAAAUGGACCUGCCAUGUUUAAACCAUGUUUAAGUAUCGAUUGAUAUGUUUUAGAAUAAACAGAGCAGAGCCAGGAGACGGCUCUGUUAUUUUUUACAUGACAGGGCUUGGUCCCGCCACUAUUGUUUGCAAACUGAAUACAUAGAGCGAGGAGACUGAAUACAUAGAGGGAGGAGAAGUCAGAUUUUGCCACUAUCAUAAACUAAGAAAGUGGGCGGAGCGGUCAAAAGGUGAAGACUUGGAAACAAUGGUGGAGGAACUAAACAGGGAGGGAUUAAGCUAAAAAGUAUGUCAAAUGAGCAGGAAUAGAACUGUAUAUAAACUGAGGGCUGAGUGUUGGGAAGUUAGUUGCUCUGCAGACCAGCUCGGCUCUAUUGCUUGUGUAAUACAGUCUAUCUUAAUUCUACAAAAACUCUGGAAGUACUUUGAUUUUUUAAGACGCCUAAGGACAAUUUUCUACAACACUACCACAGCAUUCUGCAGCGUUAUGACAUCCCGACUUUUGGAAAAGCAUUCCAGGUGAAGCUGGUUGAGAGAAAGCCAAGAGUGUGCAAAGCUGUCAUCAAGGCAAAGAAGAAAAAUCUCAAAUAUAAAAUAUAUUUUGAUUUGUUUAACACCUUUUUGUUUACUACAUGAUUCCAUAUGUGUUAUUUAAUUGUUUUGAUAUCUUCACUAUUAUUCUACAAUGUAGAAAAUAGUUUUAAUUUUUUUACUUGAAAGAGUAGGUGUGUCCAAACUUUUGACUGGUACUUUACGUAUAGAUUGAAUUUCAUUACUGCUACUGUGCUAUUUGGGUAGUUAAUCAGAUUCAUCUCGUUUCUUGAUUUCUUGUCUUAAUUUUUUUCUCCAUACAUUUGAAUUGUUUGACAUUUUACUGCAUUGUUAGGAGCUAGUAACAUAAGCAUUUCGCUACACCCACUAUAACACCUGCUAAACUAUGUACGCGAGCAAUAAACUUUGAUUUCCCUUGAUUGGCCCUGGUCAAAAGUAAUGCACUAUAAAGGUUAUAUGGAAUUUCCAACAUAGAUAUUGUUGUGCUAAAACAUUAUUCAUUUCAUACAUUAAUAAAUGAUGAUGACAAACAGGGAAGACACAGGUGAUUAUCUGAAUGUAAAGUAUCACGUACUGUCUGUGGAGAUUUUAGCAUGUAAAUCUUGGUGGGGAAAACUCAACAAAAAAUGUUUCGAUUCAUGCCAGCAAAGCCACUACACACCACAACACUAAACAAUACAUUAAUUGCACUAUAAAGGUGUCAAACACUGGCCAAAAACUGUUAGGGCCUACAUAAAGCUGUCCCAACAGCAGAGUCCCAACAGCAGUCCCAACACCUUACCACUGCUACACCUGGCUAUCAGCGGAGCCUUGUCUGGCAGCGAAACAGUUUAUUCAGCCUCAUUUACUGCCUUUUUUUAAAACAUAGCUGAUAUGGCUGACUUGCUUAAACAAAUGUGGUUUUUACUGACAAUUGAGAUGUACAAACUAUGGCAUAAGGGGACGACGAGCAGAUGAGAAGCAAUCUGUAAUUUAGAUGAAGACACUAAUGAGCGAGCUAGGGCGGACGUAGUCAAUAUAACUGUUUGUUCAGCACUUUUGAAAUGUAGAGUGACAGAAUUCAGAACAUGGGCCGUUCUUACAGUAUUCUCCCUGUACACAAAGUAAGAACUGUAGGAUAAAUAAAGGGGGCAUAUAUGCAGACAAUGAAAUCUCUUACAAUAUUCGAUGAUGACAUUUCUCUAAAACAGGCUAUAGGCUACAUGUGCACCACCAUGUCAAAACAGUAGGCUAAGUUAUGAGGGGACCAAAUUAUCAGGGUGAGGCACAUGGGCUACUAACAGCUUACUACACAACAUACACUUAGUAUUACUUUCUUAGCUACAAUAUACAUAUCUCCCUGGCAUAUUACAUCAUUUAUGCAGCAGCAUACAAGACAUUUUGGACUCAACUUGUGCUGUGCUCACUUGAACAGGAAGGUGUCGCGGCGGUCCUUCGUGGGCAAACUUUGUCAUCAAAGUCUGUCAUUCUCUGGAUUUAUGGUGCUUUCAAGACAACUGGGAACAAGGUCGAAUCAUGACGUCAGUGAUCUUCAGGUCGGAGCUGAAAUUUUUUUUUCAGAGUUGCCAGUUGUCUUGAACUCACUGAAGUCUGAGAUUUCCCAGUUCUGAGUUUCCAGUUGUUUUGAGCGUGGCAGAAGUCAUGCUGGAUUGACAGCAUGGCCAAUGUUUAAUGUUUAUCCUUUUAAGCUUGGAAAAGAGACCCUUAAACCCAGACUUGGACCACACACCCACUCCACUGAAUAGCAGGCUAGUGAUUGCUUUACAAUGCUUGCAGUUAGCCACUGAUUCCUUCCAAACCACUCAUUGUUGAAAACUGUGAUUUCCAACUUGUUGUGUAAUGUUUAUGUCCAAUGGCCGAUGAGCACAGAUAAGUUUUAUCUAUAAUUUUUCUUCAUUAUUUCUCUUCAUAUGUCAAGGAUUGAAAAGGAUUUGCCAGCAGAUUGUCGACUUGAUUCAUGAUGAUGACUGCUAGCUUGCUAGCUAAGAUUCUGAAAGUGUAAUGUUGACAUGAUCAGUCCAAUCAAAGCUACAGUAGAUAUAACGUGAUUUAGCACCCAAGGGGCUUUAAUUUUCGAGCUCUCCUCGUAGAUUUUGCAGUGACGUAGUGUCCCCAUGAGUGACAGAACACUGAGCCAAUCACGGCGCAACUAGAGAACAUUACCAAGCCCUACGCUCCGUAUUUUCCGCUGGCUGCCCCUCCACCACAGAAAGCACUGAGCUAAAAUGAAACACCUGUAUUCUGCCCUGGAAUUGCGUUCCCAUUUAAAACUAGACAGAUAGCUAACAACUGAGUCUUCAAUAAAACUUCCAAGGCGUGACUUUUCUUGAACGAAUGUAUUGAAAACGUUUAUGUUGUGAAACUGCAAAUACAGAAAAUAAUAUACUUUAGUAUUCAAUUCAUAUUGACAUACUGUAGCUGUACAUUAUACAUUAAGUUGAAGUUGCAUAAAUACAAAGCAAGUGCCAAGUUACCAUGUAUCUGACAUGACGACAAACCAAAUAGAUAAUUACUCUAUGAGUAACAACUAGCCAACUCCUUUCAUUACUCUAAUAAUGUGCAAACACCUCUGUACAAUAACAAAGCAUAUUACACUACAAACAGUAACAAACUAUAGUAUAAUAUGUUUUACACUUCUUUUACAUGACGCACGAGCAAAGUAAUACAGCUGACAGCAUCCAUGAAAGUCAAUGCAAUUUGCGUGAGUAAAUGUAACCAACUAACAUUGAGAAGUAAGCAAUUCUAUCAAUAACAAUAUUAUCAUCACUAGCAAUAUGCUUGAAUUGAACUUACAAAGAAAUAUUUUCCGAGGCUGAAGCGUGACAAGAAAUAGUUGCACAGAAAGAAUCGUAGCGUUGUUUCUAGCUGCUUGUCUGCGUGCAGAAUGACUACUCUACUUCCGGUUUUUGUACAUUCUUCUAAGUACCAGAAAGCUCCACUAGGGGGCGAUAAACACCAUGGAACACAAUGAAAGUCACUCUUAACCACUAUAAUAAAAUAAUCUGUUACCUUCUAACAGGAUGGCAGCACAACCUGCAUUUUCGAGCUGCCUUACUCAAGAAAGCAAAAAAGAGACCAUGUUUGUAUGCGGCUUUAUUAACGCAAUGUUGUUGUAUUGUUUUACAUUUCUUGUUCACCCCCCACACACACUUAUGCCAGGAGCCGGCCCUGUGCUGUUAAAGUGAGAGCAUAGAGAGGUAACGUUACAUCUUCUCUUCCUUCUCUUCCAUGACAUUAUUACCCAUCUGUUUCUGUGUGCGUGCAGCUGAGCAGGCCAUUCUGUGAUCUGCUGAAAUCACACUUGAGUCAGCAGUACAGUAGCUUAGUAGUGCAGCUGGGAUGGGAGAGGCUUAAUCAUCAGGCCUAGUACAGUAUAAAUAGCACCAUUCAUAUAUCAACGUAACUAAAGGAACACAAAUAUAGAAUGAAGGCCAAGAAAAAAAUCACAAAAUUGUGUUGUAGCAAAUCCAGUAUGGCUGAAUUGGAAAUGCUUUUAGCCUACUAUAAUAAUAAUAAUAAUAUGCCAUUUAGCAGACGCUUUUAUCCAAAGCGACUUACAGUCACUAUUUAGGCAGAGGUCUAGACCACAUGGUACAACGCAAGCUUAGGUAACACUGGCCAGUUAACCUAAUAUCCCCUACUAUCCCCUAUUAUCAUCUCAGGCCUAACAACACCCAUGACCCAUUCUUGGGCAAUAUCACUUAACAACACACACACACACACACACAUCCCCUCAAACAUGCUGUCUCUCUAGAGAGAGACUGCAUUGACACAGCCCACCCACCCAGUUCUUCAGACGGAGUGGAGUGGUUCAGGAGUAGACUAUUUGUGGUGGUGGAAGGGCUCAUUGUCGGUCUGCCCUGAGAUAAAGGAUAUAGGACUGAGCCUGACUUAAAAGGUUGUGCAAUACACAGACAGACUUAGAGAAGAAGAGCGAGAGAAGAGAGAAGGGCCCAAGCUGCAAGAGAAAAGGGCCCAAGCUGCAGAUUAGAUGUAAUUUGCUGAUUAGUGUGUCCUGCAGGCAUCUGUGGCACUGGAGAACACACAUACACAUACAGCUCUGCGGGCAAUACACAAAUGAAUCAUACAGUGGCAUGCGAAAGUAUUCACCCCCCUUGGCAUUUUUCAUAUUUUGUUGCCUUACAACCUGGAAUUAAAAUGGAUUUUUGAUUUACACAACAUGCCUACCACUUUGAAGAUGCAAAAUAUGUUGUAUUCUGACACAAACAAGAAAGAAGACAAAAAAACAGACAACUUGAGUGAGCAUAACUAUUCACCCCCCAAAGUCAAUACUUUUAGAGCCACCUUUUGCAGCAAUUACAGCUGCAAGUCUCUUGGGGUAUGUCUCUAUAAGCUUAGCACAUCUAGCCACUGGGAUAGCAUUUUCCUUGAUGGCCAAAAAGCUAACUUUUAGUCUCAUCUGACCAGAGUACCUUCUUCCAUAUGUUUGGGGAGUCUCCCACAUGGCUUUUGGCGAACACCAAACGUGUUUGCUUAUUUUUUUCUUUAAGCAAUGGCUUUUUUCUGGCCACUCUUCCAUAAAGCCAAGCUCUGAGGAGUGUACGGCUUAAAGUGGUCCUAUGGACAUAUAGUCUAAUCUCCGCUGUAGAGAUUUGCAGCUCCUUCAGGGUUAUCUUUGGUCUCUUUCUUGCCUCUCUGAUUAAUGCCAUCCUUGCCUGGUCCGUGACUUUUGGUGGGUGGCCCUCUCUUGGCAGAUUUGUUGUGGUGCCAUAUUCUUUCAAUUUUUUAAAAAUGGAUUUAAUGGUGCUCUGUGGGAUGUUCAAAGUUUCAGAUAUUUUUUUAUAACCCAACCCUGAUCUGUACUUCUCCACAAAUGUGUCCCUGACUUGUUUGGAGAGCUCCUUGGUCUUCAUGGGGCUGCUUUCUUGGUAGUGCCCCUUGCUUAGUGGUGUUGCAGACUCUGGGGCCUUUCAGAACAGGUGUAUAUAUAUACUGAGAUCACGUGACAGAUCAUGUGACACUUAGAUUGCACACAGGUGGACUUUAUUUAUCUAAUUAUGUGACUUCUGAAGGUAAUUGGUUGCACCAGAUCUUAUUUAGGGGCUUUAUAGCAAAGGGGGUGAAUACAAAUGCACGCACAACUUUUCCGCCAUUAUUGUUUUUGCAUUUUUUGAAACAAGUAAUUUUUUUCAUUUUACUUCACCAAUUUUGACUACUUUGUGUAUGUCCAUUACAUGAAAUCCAAAUAAAAAUCCAUUUAAAUUACAGGUUGUAAUGCAACAAAAUAGGAAAAAUGCCAAGGGGGAUGAAUACUUUUGCAAGGCACUGUACAUUUAGAAGUUUUCAAAUGACUUGUUCGAGUGCCAGAAGAGGAUAGGAGAGUGACCUGAGGGAAAAUGUGAUCUUUCCAGUUGCACGAAACACUUACAUUACAUCAGUACCUUCUAUGUUUAUUAUUUUCAUUUCUUUUUUGUUUAACCACUCAGAACAUACAUUGAGCAAAAAUGUCUCUGAGCAAAAAGCAAAAAUGACGCACUCCAGCUAUUUUUGAACGUUUCCUGUUGAAAAGCAAUAUCCGAAGUAUAAAUACAGUAAUGUACACACUAGUAAAUAUAUAUUUUUGCAAACUUCAAGGAGUAGGCCAUUCAAGUAGUUGGUCUGAUUGUCUGAUGUGAUGUCAUCAGCCUCCCGCUUGCUUGCGAGAACAAUAGAGGAAAGGUGCACCCCCCCCCCCCCCCCCCCCCCCCCCCCCCCCCCACACACUUGUGCUAUGUAAUGACAUACAUGGACCACCUAUUAAUUUACCUUUUGUUAAGUAUAUAAAUUAAAUACAAUUAAAUGUGUCACAUGCGCCGAAUACAACAUGUGUAGACCUUACCGUGAAAUGCUUACUUACAAGCCCUUAACCAACAAUGCAGUUUUAAGAAGAAAAAAAAGUUAAGAAAUAGAUAUUUACUAAAUAAACUAAAGUUAAAACUAAAUGAGCAACAAUGAAAUAACUUUUAUUGAGGCUAUGUACAGGGUACCGGUACCGAGUCAAUGAGUGUACAGAUUAGUCGAGGUAAUUGAGAUAAUAUGUACAUGUAGGGGUAAAUGACUAUGCAUAGAUAAUAGAUAAUAAACCGCGAGUAGCAGCAGUGGGGGGGGUCAAUGCAAAUUGUCUUGGUAGCCAUUUGAUUAGCUGUUCAGCAGUCUUAUGGCUUGGGGGUAGAAGCUGUUAAGGAGCCUUUUGGACCUAGACUUGGCGCUCCGGUACCACUUGCCGUGCGGUAGCAGAGAGAACAGUCUAUGACUAGGGUGGCUGGAGUCUUUGGCAAUUUUUAGGGCCUUCCUCUGACACCGCCUGGUAUAGAGGUCCUGGAUGGCAGGAAGCUUGGCCCCAGUGAUGUACUGGGCCGUACGCACUACCCUCUGUAUCGCCUUGCGGACGGAGUCCGAGCAGUUGCCAUACCAGGCAGUGAUGCAACCAGUCAGGAUGAUCUCGAUGGUGCAGCUGUAGAACUUUUUGAGGAUCUGAGGACCCAUGCCAAAUCUUUUCAGUCUCCUGAGAGAGAAUAGGCGUUGUCGUGCCCUCUUCACAACUGUCUUGGUGUGUUUGGACAAUGAGAGUUUGUUGGUGAUGUGGACACCAAGGAACUUGAAGCUUUCAACCUGCUCCUCUACAGCCCCGUCGAUGAGAAUGGGGGCAUGCUCUGCCCUCCUUUUCCUGUAUUGCAUGAUCAUCUCCUUUGUCUUGAUCACGUUGAGGGAUAGGUUGUUGUCCUGGCACCACACUUCCAGGUCUCUGACCUCCUCCCUAUAGGCUGUCUCAUCGUUGACGGUGAUCAGACCUACCACCAUUGUGUCGGCUGAAAAUGUAAUGAUGGUGUUGGAGUCAUGCUUUGCCACGCAGUCAUGGGUGAACAGGGAGUACAGGAGGGGACUGAGCACUCACCACAGAGGGGCACCCGUAUUGAGGAUCAGUGUGGCAGAUGUGUUGUUGCCUACCCUUACCACCUGGGGGCGGCCCAUCAGGAAGUCCAGGAACCAGUUGCACUUCAUGGCUACAGACGUGAUUGCUACGGGUCGGUAGUAAUUUAGGCAGGUUACCUCGGUGCUGUUGGUCUGCUUGAAACAUGAAGGUAUUACAGAUACGGCCAGGGACAGGUUGAAAAUGUCAGAGAAGACACUUGCCAGUUGGUCAGCGCAUGCUCGGCACACAUGCUGGUAAUCCGUCUGGCCCUGAGGCCUUCUGAAUGUUGACCUGUUUAAAGGUCUUACUCGCAUCGGCUACGGCAAGUGUGAUUACCCAGUCGUCCGGAACAGCUAGUGCUCUAAUGCAUGCUUCAGUGUUGCUUGCCUCAUAGCGCGCACAGAAGUAAUUUAGCUUGUCUGGUAGGCUUGUGUCACUGGGCAGAUCACGGCUGCUUUGUUGUCCGUAAUAGUUUGCAAGCCCUGCCACAUCCGAAGAGCAUCGGAGCCGGUGAAGUAGGAUUAAAUCUUAGUCCUGUAUUUACGCUUUGCCUGUUUGAUGGUUCAUCUGAGGGCAUAGCGGGAUUUCUUAUAAGCGUCCGGGUUUGAGUCCCGCUCAUUGAAAGCUGCAGCUCUACCCUUUAGCUCAGUGCAGAUGUUGCCUGUAAUCCAUGGCUUCUGGUUGGGGAAUUUACUUACGGUUACUGUUGGGACAACGUCAUCGAUGAAGCCGGUGUCUGAUGUGGUAUACUCCUCAAUGCCAUUGGAUGAGUCCCGGAACAUAUUCCAGUCUGUGCUAGCAAAACGGUCCUGUAGCUUAGUAUCUGGGUCAUCUGACCACUUCCAUAUUGAGCGAGUCACUGGUACUUCCUGCUUUAGUUUUUGCUUGUAAGCAGGAAUCAGGAGGAUAUAAUCAUGGUCAGAUUUGCCAAAUGGAGGGUGAGGGAGAGCUUUGUACGCGUCUCUGUGUGUGGAGUAAAGGUGGUCUAGAGUUUUUUCUCCUCUUGUUGCACAUGUAAAAAUGCUGGUAGAAGUGAGGUAAAACGGAUGUAAGUUUCCCUGCAUUAAAGUCCACGGCCACUAAGAGUGCUGCCUCUGGAUGACCAUUUUUUUGUUUGCUUAUGGCUUUAUACAGCUCGUUAAGUGCAGUCUUAGUGCCAGCAUCAGUUUGUGGUGAUAAAUAGACAAUUAUGUAAAUAGUAAAUAUUGUGGUCUACAGCUUAUCAUGAGAUACUCUACCUCAGGCGAGCAAAACGUUGAGACUUCCUUAAUAUUUGAUUUCGCGCAGCAGCUGUUACUGACAAAUAGACACAGACCGCCACCCAUUGUCUUACCGGAGACAGAUGUUCUGUCUUGCCGACGCACGGAAAAACCAGCCAACUGUAUAUUAUCCAUGUCGUCGUUCAGCCACGGCUCGACAGUUUUUAAUGUCCUGUUGGUAGGAUAGUCUUGAAUGGAGCUCAUCCAGUUUAUUCUCCAACGAUUGCACGUUGGCCAGUAGGACGGACGGUAGAGGUGGGUUACCCACUCGCCGACAAAUGCAGAUGAUAAAUGUGGUGAAAAGGAGCUUGGAGUGCGUCUUUCACAUCCUUUAGAAUGUAUUAAAAAAAUAAAUAUUUAGCAGACACUCUUAUCCAGAGUGACUUACUGUAGUGAGUGCAUACAUUUUCAUACUGGUCCCUUGUGGGACUCGAACCCUGGCAUUGCAAAUGCCAUGCUCUACCAAGUGAGCCACACGGGACUAUGUGAACAGUUUAAUAGCUUGAAUGAAAGAUUUUAAAGGUUGAUAUUUCAUGAUAUUUUAUGAAAGAUAGAUGUAUUAUUUAGGCAAGAAGAGUUGUUUAUUGCUGUAAGCGUCGGUAGCAUGACUUUCAUGACACAGUGCAGAUUGGUCUUUCUGAAGAUAUUAACUGUCACUGAUGUAAGAUUGAAAGGGUUCAGUCUCUUUUUUUCCCACUGUUGACUGACUCGGACACUUCUUUGAUUUUAAAGCCCUGACUCAACUGUAGCUAUGAAUAAUUCAACCAACGCCAGGGUUGUGGGUUCAAUUCCCACAGGGGACCAGUAUGAAAAAGAAUGAAAAUGUAUGCACUCACUCUGGUUAAGAGCGUCUGCUAAAUGAUUUAAAUGUAUAAUGAGGGAGACUCACCCACAGCAUAAACGAUUAACACGGACUGUGGUUCCAUUGAUGGCCACUGGGUGGCAUUGUUGCUAUUUCACUCAGGUUCACUGCUGUGUCACUAAGCGAGGUUAGAGCUGGGUAGAAACAGAGGUUUCACAAUCCAGAGCUUUUGCAUUGCAGCUCAGAUCAUGAUCGCGUGAACUUGUGGGUUUGAUCAACCAAUCCCAGAGGAAUCGCCUAGAGUGAAUGUCAUGUAAUAUACAGUACAGUGCAUAGAAUAUCCUCUAGCUUUGAAUCUGUAAUCGCUAGGUCCUCCACCUGCGCUUGUCUCACGCUAUCACUCUCUCUCUCACUCUUCUACUCGUGCUCUUUUAUGUUCUCGCUCUCUGACACCUUUUCCCCUCUCAUUUUCUCUCUCUUCCCCUCUCUCAUUCUCCUCCUCAUUCUCUCUCCCUCUCUCUCUCUGUCGCUCUCUCACAUACACACACACCCCUCCCCGUUUGUAACCUUCGUAAUAGGGCAGCCUUUUCACAAUAAUGGGCCUGCUUUGUUGAUACUACUGUAUGUGUAAUGUGUCAUUUGUUCAGUAGAAAUAAUUGUCUGCAAUGACGCAAAACAAUAACCAGGUUUCCAUGCAACCUUUUUAUGCAAGUCAAGCACUGUACAUGAGCUAACUCUGCAAAUGGCACUGCUGGGUGAUUUGAAAAGUUAUAGUCAAUCAAUCAAUCCAUCAAUAAUAUAACAAUACUCUUAGCAAAAAUGUUUUCUUUCAUUUACAAUCUGUAGAAACUAUGAGAAUAGAAAGGUUCAGAACUUUUGUGAAACAGCACAGUGGAAAAAUAUAAACUGGAUGGUCUUCAGAGAUAGUUGGGAGGGGUUGAGGGUAGCUGAAGGCUGGGACUAAAAACAAACAAAAGAUAACUAAUGUAAAAUAUACUGUCCGUAAUAUGUAUAUAGUUAUGUAUAAGCUGGAAGUAGAAGCCUAAGUAUUGUUGUCCGUUAGUUUACUCCAAUUAGGGGAGGGGUGGUAGGGUUAGGGGAAAAUAAUAGGAAAUAUGUAAAUAUUUAUUUAUAUAUAUUUAAAAUAAUAUAUAUACUAAACAAAAAUAUAAACGCAACAUGUAAAGUAUUGGUCCCAUGUUUCAUGAACUGAAAUAAAAUAUCCCAGAAAUGUUCCAUAUGCACAAAAAGCUUAUUUCGCAGAAAUGUUGUGCGCAAAUUUGUUUACAUCCCUGUUAGUGAGCAUUUCUCCUUUGCCAAGAUAAACCAUCCACCUGACAGGUGUGGCAUAUCAAGAAGCUGAUUAAGCAGCAUGAUCAUUACACAGGUGCAGCUUCUGCUGGGGACAAUAAAAGGCCACUCUAAAAUGUGCAGUUUUGUCACACAACACAAUGCCACAGAUGUCUCAAAUUUUGAGGGAGCAUGUAGUUGGCAUGCUGACUGCAGGAAUGUCCACCAGAGCUGUUGCCAGCUAAUUGAAUGUUCAUUUCUCUACUAUAAGCCGCCUCCAAUGUUGUUUUAGAGAAUUUGGCAGUACGUCCAACCGGCCUCACAACCGCAGACCACGUGUAACCACGCCAGCCCAGGACCUCUACAUCCGGCUUCUUCACCUGCGGGAUCAUCUGAGACCAGCCACCCGGACAGUUUAUGAAACUGUGGGUUUGCGCAACCGAAUAAUUUCUGCACAGACUGUCAGAAACCGUCUUAGGGAAGCUCAUCUGCUUGCUCGUCAUCCUCACCAGGGUCUUGACCUGAAUGCAGUUCGGCAUCGUAACCGACUUCAGUGGGCAAAUGCUCACCUUCAAUGGCCACCAGCACGUUAAAGAAGUGUGCUCUUCACGGAUGAAUCCAGGGUUCAACUGUACCAGGCAGAUGGCAGACAGCUUGCAUGGCGUCAUGUGAGCAAGCGGUUUGCUGAUGUCAACGUUGUGAACAGAGUGCCCCAUGGUGGCGGUGGGGUUAUGGUAUGGGCAGGCAUAAGCUACGGACAAUGAACACAAUUGCAUUUUAUCAAUGGCAAUUUCAAUGCACAGCGAUACCGUGAUGAGAUCCUGAGGCCCAUUGUCACACCAUUCAUUUGCAGCCAUCAUUUACAUUUUAGUCAUUUAGCAGACGCUCUUAUCCAGAGCGCCUUUACAGUUAGUGCAUACAUUUUUUUUUUUUUUCAUACUAGCCCCCCGUGUGAAACGAACCCACAACCCUGGCGUUGCAAGCGCCAUGCUCUACCAACUGAGCUACAGGGGACUACAUAACGAGAGACCUCAGAGAACAUGGUAGCAACACCACAUGACAACAUGGUAGCAACACAAAACAUGGUACAAACAUUGGGCACAGACAACUGCACAAAGGGCAAGAAGGUAGAGACUAUACAUAAUGCGAAGCAGUCACAACUGUCAGUAAGCGUGUCCAUGAUUGAGUCUUUGAAUGAAGAGGAGAUAAAACUGUCCAGUUUGAGUGUUUGUUGCAGCGCGUUCCAGUCACUUGCUGCAGCGAACUGAAACGAGGAGCGACCCAGGGAUGUGUGCUUUGGAGCCCUAUAACAGAAUGUGACUGGCAGAACAGGUGUUGUAUGUGGAGGUUGAGGGCUGCAGAAUAAUCUCAGAGGGAGGGUUUUAUAAAUAAAGCGUCAACAGAGGAGUAUAGUGUGCAGUGAUGUGUUCUAUAAGGAGCACGGUUGGCAAAUCCGAUGGCCGAAUGGGAAAGAACAUCUAGCCGCUCGAGAGCACAGUUACAUUUUAGCAGACGCUCUUAUCGAGAGCAACUUUACAGUUAGUGCAUAUAUAUAUAUUUUUUUUCAUACUGGCCCCCCGUGGGAAUAGACCCCACAACCCUGGCGUUUCAAGCACCAUGAUCUACCAACUGAGCUACACAGGGACGAUCUUACCUGCCGAUCUAUAAAUUACGUACAGUGGGGAGAACAAGUAUUUGAUACACUGCCGAUUUUGCAGGUUUUCCUACUUACAAAGCAUGUAGAGGUCAUAGGUACACUUCAACUGUGAGAGACGGAAUCUAAAACAAAAAUCCAGAAAAUCACAUUGUGUGAUUAGUAAGUAAUUAAUUUGCAUUUUAUUGCAUGACAUAAGUAUUUGAUACAUCAGAAAAGCAGAACUUAAUAUUUGGUACAGAAACCUUUGUUUGCAAUUACAGAGAUCAUACGUUUCCUGUAGGUCUUGACCAGGUUUGCACACACUGCAGCAGGGAUUUUGGCCCACUCCUCCAUACAGACCUUCUCCAGAUCCUUCAGGUUUCGGGGCUGUCGCUGGGCAAUACAGACUUUCAGCUCCCUCCAAAGAUUUUCUAUUGGGUUCAGGUCUGGAGACUGCCUAGGCCACUCCAGGACCUUGAGAUGCUUCUGAUGGAGCCACUCCUUAGUUGCCCUGGCUGUGUGUUUUGGGUCGUUGUCAUGCUGGAAGACCCAGCCACGACCCAUCUUCAAUGCUCUUACUGAGGGAAGGAGGUUGUUGGUCAAGAUCUCACGACAUUCGCUGGCUUGAGCAGGGGGACCUUGCGUGCGCUGCAGGAUUUUAAUCCAUGACAGCGUAGUGUGUUACUAAUGGUUUUCUUUGAGACUGUGGUCCCAGCUCUCUUCAGGUCAUUGACCAGGUCCUGCCGUGUAGUUCUGGGCUGAUCCCUCACCUUCCUCAUGAUCAUUGAUGGCCCACGAGGUGAGAUCUUGCAUGGAGCCCCAGACCGAGGGUGAUUGACCGUCAUCUUGAACUUCUUCCAUUUUCUAAUAAUUGCGCCAACAGUUGUUGCCUUCUCACCAAGCUGCUUGUCUAUUGUCCUGUAGCCCAUCCCAGCCUUGUGCAGGUCUACAAUUUUAUCCCUGAUGUCCUUACACAGCUCUCUGGUCUUGGCCAUUGUGGAGAGGUUGGAGUCUGUUUGAUUGAGUGUGUGGACAGGUGUCUUUUAUACAGGUAACGAGUUCAAACAGGUGCAGUUAAUACAGGUAAUGAGUGGAGAACAGGAGGGCUUCUUAAAGAAAAACUAACAGGUCUGUGAGAGCCGGAAUACUUAAAAAUCAUACAAUGUGAUGCACCUAUGAUAAAAAUUACAGACCUCUACAUGCUUUGUAAGUAGGAAAACCUGCAAAAUCGGCAGUGUAUCAAGUACUUGUUCUUCCCACUGUAGCUGUAAUCUAGCAUGGGUAGGAUGGUGAUCUGAAUCUGGGUUAGUUUGGCAGUUUGGGUGAAAGAGGAGCGAAUACGAUAGAGGAAACCAAGUCUAGAUUUAACCUUAGCCUGCAGCUUUGAUAUGUGCAAAGAGAAGGACAGUGUACCAUCUAGCCAUACUCCCAAGUACUUGUAUGAGGUGACUAACUCAAGCUCUAAACCCUCAGAGGUGGGCUCCCGAGUGGCGCAGCGGUCUAAGGCACUGCAUUUGUGCUAGAGGCAUCACUACAGACCCUGGUUCAAUUCCAGGCUGUAUCACAAUCUGGCUGUGAUUGGGAGUCCCAUCUCAUGUUUCAGCAUGAUAAUGCACAGCCCCAUGUUGCAAGGAUCUGUACACAGAGAGUAGUGCGUACGGCCCAGUACAUCACUGGGGCCAAGCUUCCUGCCAUCCAGGACCUCUAUACCAGGCGGUGUCAGAGGAAGGCCCUCAAAAUUGUCAAAAAACUCCAGCCACCCUAGUCAUAGACUGUUCUCUCUGCUACCGCACGGCAAGCGGUACCGGAGUGCCAAGUCUAGGUCCAAAAGACUUCUCAACAGCUUCUGCCAUAAGACUCCUGAACAGCUAACUAUUUGCACUGCCCCCCCACCCCAUUCUUUUUACGCUGCUGCUACUCUGUUAAUUAUUUAUGCAUAGUCACUUUAACUCUACCCACAUGUACAUAUUACUUCAACUACCUCAACUAGCCGGUGCCCUCGCACAUUGACUCUGCACCGGUACCCCCCUGUAUAUAUAGCCUCCCUACUGUUAUUUUAUUUGACUUCUGCUCUUUUUUUUCUCAACACUUUUUUUGUUGUUGUUUUAUUUUUACUUUUUUUGUUAAAAAUAAAUGCACUGUUGGUUAAGGGCUGUAAGUAAGCAUUUCACUGUAAUGUCUGCACCUGUUGUAUUUGGCGCAUGUGACCAAUACAAUUUGAUUUGAUUUGAUUUACACAAUUCCUGAAAGUUGAAAAUGUCCCAUUUGUAUGACAGCGUGUUCCAGUUCCUGCCAAUAUCCAGCAACUUUGCACAGCGAUUGAAGGGGAGUGGGACAACAUUCACAACAGCCUGAUCAACUCUACGCCAAGGAGAUGUGUUGCGUUGCAUGAGGCAAAUGGUGGUCACACCAGAUACUGACUGGUUUUCUGAUCCACGCCUCUACUUUUUCUUUAAAGGAAUCUGUGACCAUUCCCAGUCAUGUGAAAUCUAUAGAUUAGGGCCUAAUGAAUUUAUUUCAAUUUACUGAUUUCCUUAUAUGAACUGUAACUCUUUGAAAUUGUUUCGGUAAACUUUCCAAAUGCCCAAAAAAAAUACACUAGAUAAGGUGGGAUCUUUUUGUGUUGGUAAAAUUAAUUCUGGGAAAAAUGUCGGUGGAAACGCUUUAAUGCUCAAAUAUUGAUAUAAUAACCAUCAUAUCGAAGUAAACUUGGAGUCAUGUGAUGAUGUGUGGUCCUCCCACUACUACGACUUGUAGGGAAAACAUGUUUGUUAGGCUACAGAUGAAAUAAGUUAUGAUGAACUUCACAGGGUAGUGAAAGUGCAAGGUGAUGAGCUUGAUGCUCCUUUCCAAUAGAUAUCAAGGGUCUUAUUCUGGUGACAUGGUCAUCGAUGCUAUGCUGCCAUUUGACAAAUACAAAUAAUCUCGCUCUUUUAUCCAUAAUAAUCUCCUCAUGUAGACUAUAUCUGUGCACUGUUGGUUAUAGCGCACCUGCCAUUACCGGAGUGGGCAAACUCACUAUAUAACAAAACCAUUUUUGUGAGAAAACCAUCAGUAGAGUUGAAAAUGCGAAGGUAUUUUUUAUUUUAGAAUGUUCGCAUGAUUUUAGAAUAUUCGCAUGAAUAUCUGUCGCCAAUUGGAUGGAAACCCUACAUGAGAUUUAUCAAUAAUUCUAGUUUGUUUACAUUUGAUAUUUUGCACGUGCGUAGUUGGAUGAAUCUCAAUUAUUUGUGGGUGGCAUGUGGAACAAGUGUAGAUACUGUAAAUCAUUUUGAAUAUGUUGGUAGUGGUGAUUUAUGUAUUCAAAUAAGUAAAAUACAACAUGCAACCCAUUCAUGGAUCCAUUCCCUCUUCAGUCAGAAAAAGCUAAAAGUAUAUUAGCAGUGGGUGGCAGACAGUGAGUAAUAAAACAUAUUGUGUUAUCUGAUCCUGUGAAUGAAUGUUCUUCUCAAAACCUCUGGGAAGAGAUGAGCCUCUUCAUCAACCUUGAAAGCAUGUUUUCACAUUUCUAUUCCUUUUCAUUCACAGCUAAUAAAAUGACACAUCAGAAGAGGGAGCCUGAAAUGUGUCUGUGAACAAUGAAAACAUCAGGGAGAGACAGUCAGACAUUAUUCUUCAAUCAUCUGUCAUAACAUUUACGUCAUUUAGCAGGCUAUCUGCCGCCCUAAAAUACAGAACACACAGAGCUCUCAAAGACUGGGAUGGAGAGAAAGGGAGGGAGAGAAGAAAAUGAAUAUUUUCAAUUUAUUUUCUUCUUCAGGUUUUACCCUUCCUGUCAGUGGAACAAAUCAAAUCAAAUUCUAUUUGUCACAUGCGCCGAAUACAACAGGUGUAGACCUUAAAGUGAAAUUCUUACUUACAAGCCCUUAACCAACAAUGCAGUUUUAAGAAAGAAUACCAAAGGAAAUCACAAAAAAAUACAAUAUAAAAUAAUACGAAAUAAAAGUAACAAAUAAUUAAAGAGCAGCAGUAAAAAUAACAAAAGCGAGGCUAUAUACAGGGGUACCGAGCUCCUGAGUGGCGCAGUGGUCUAAGGCACUGCAUCGCAGUGCUAACUGUGCCACUAGAGAUCCUGGUUCGAAUCCAGGCUCUGUCGCAGCCGGCCGCGACCGGGAGACUCAUGGGCGGCGCACAAGUCGUCCAGGGUAGGGGAGGGAAUGGCCGGCAGGGAUGUAGCUCAGUUGAUAGAGCAUGGCGUUUGCAACGCCAGGGUUGUGGGUUCGUUUCCCAUGGGGGACCAGUAUAAAAAAUAAAAUAAAAAAUAAAAAAUAAAAAAAAAAUAUGUGUAUUCACUAACUGUAAGUCGCUCUGGAUAAGAGCGUCUGCUAAAUGACAAAAAAUGUAAAAAUGUAAAUGUACCGGUACCGAGUCAAUGUGCGGGGGCACCGGUUAGUCGAGGUAACUGGGGUAAUAUGUACAUGUAGGUAGAGUUAUUAAAGUGACUAUGCAUAUGAUAAUAAACAGAGAGUAGCAGCAGCGUAAAAGAGGUGUGGGGGGGCAAUGCAAAUUGUCUGGGUAGCCAUUUGAUUAGAUGUUCAGGAGCCUUAUGGUUUGGGGGUAGAAGCUGUUUAGAAGCCUCUUGGACCUAGACGUGGCGCUCCAGUACCACUUGCCGUGUGGUAGCAGAGAGAACAGUCUAUGACUAGGGUGGCUGGAGUCUUUGACAUUUUUUAGGGCCUUCCUCUGACACCGCCUGGUAUAAAGGUCCUGGAUGGCAGGAAGCUUGUCCCCAGUGAUGUACUGGGCCGUACGCACUACCCUCUGUAGUGCCUUGCGGUCGGAGGCCGAGCAGUUGUCAUACCAGGCAGUGAUGCAACCAGUCAGGAUGCUCUCGAUAGUGCAGCUGUAGAACCUUUUGAGGAUCUGAAGACCCAUGCCAAAUCUUUACAGUCUCCUUAGGGGGAAGAGGUUUUGUCGUGCCCUCUUCACGACUGUCUUGGUGUGCUUGGACCAUGUUAGUUUGUUGGUGAUGUGGACACCAAGGAACUUGAAGCUCUCAACCUGCUCCACUACAGCCCCGUCGAUGAGAAUGGGGGAGUACUUGGUCCUCUUCUUUUACCUGUAGUCCACAAUCAUCUCCUUUGUCUUGAUCAUGUUGAGGGAGAGGUUGUUGUCCUGGCACCACACUGCCAGGUCUCUGACCUCCCUAUAGGCUGUCUCGUCGUUAUCAGUGAUCAGGUCUACCACUGUUGUGUCGUCGGCAAACUUAAUGAUGGUGUUGGAGUCAUGCCUGGCCAUGCAGUCAUGAGUGAACAGGGAGUACAGGAGGGGACAGAGCACGCACCCCUGAGGGGACCCCGUGUUGAGGAUCAGCGUGGUGGAUGUGUUGUAAACCUACCCUUACCACCUAGAGGUGGCCCAUCAGGAAGUCCAGGAUCCAGUUUCAGAGGGAGGUGUUUAGUCCCAGGGUCCUUAGCUUAGUGAUGAGCUUUGAGGGCACUAUGGUGUUGAACGCUGAGCUGUGGAAGCUCUACUGCUUGGGGAGAAGAGACACAAGAGAAGAGCACACUCACAUCCACAGAUAAGCAUUGACUCCUCACCUCACCUCUCAUCUCUCUCUCUCUCGUGCUCUGUUAUUCUCUCUCUUUCUGCCUUUCAUACUCUCUCUCUCUCUCUCUCUCUCUCUCUCGCUCUCUCUCUCUCUCUCUCUCUCUCUCUCUCUCUCUCUCUCUCUCUCUCUCUCUCAGGAACAUUAUAAUUAUUUGUGAGUGUCUAUCUUCACCUAGUCUUAGGCCUAGAUUCAUUCAGAUCCAAGCGUUAGCCAUCAGAGUGAGAAAUUGUAAGCUAUAUAGAAAUAAUAAUGAGGAUUUCUAUCAUCCUAAUCGAUGUGUAGAUUUCAUCUCACAUUCCAGUGUUCGAACUUGUAAACAAGGCUGCAUAGGAUUUCUGUUAAUGUGACUCCAUGGCCAAUGGCAAUGUCCGCUUUAGGUAUGAUGCCGGGAGCCACUUGUGAUUUGACAGCUCUAACACAGUUCCACCUCCAACACCGCCAAAACAAACGGUAUGCGGCUGUCGGCUAAAGCGGAUCUGAUUGAAUAGAUCCCUUAGCUCCAGUUGUUCGAUAGUUCACUGGUUAUAGAGGAUAGGGUUCAAUCCCCGCAGGUAUCACAUACAAAAAAUUGAUGCCCUCACUGUACUAAGUAGCUUUGGCUAACGGUGUCUGGCAAGAGGCAGUGUAAGGGAAUUAUACAGUUGGUAAGUAGGUAGCUAUGGAUGUGCUCUAUCAUUUAGUGUAUGAAUACCUGGAAGACAAUCUGAAAUUUGACCAUUUUAAUAUGUUCCCCCCGAAUUUGUAUUUUUUCUUAUAAAAGCCAAUAAUAUAAAUUAAAACAAUAACAAAGUGGUUACCCCGUCUCUGUUUUGUUAAAAAGCUGAGGGAUGGGCUUGAAGUAAUGUAACCACCCUCAAAUUCAUACACAGAGCUAUGGAUGCAAGCACUGACCAUCCAUGAUAUAAACAAUUCUACAGUCUUUGUUUACAUUUACAAUGUUUACAAAUAUUGGACUAAAACACACUUAGGGCUCUAUUCAAUCCAUUUUGCUGAAGUAUUACAGAUUUCGCACUAGAAAUGUAAAUGUAAUUUCCGAUUGAGACGACAUAUGCAGCGUUUACUGUGAAUGCCGUCUCCGCCAACAUGGAAACAUUGCCUUUACACACGUUAGCACUGAAUUUCUGCGAUAUGGAUUGAAUAGAGAGCCCUAUUAUUUUGGGCUAUGAUAGGGUGUGACAGUUGAACUAAGCUCAUGAGGCAUUUAUACAUUUUAUUCUUCAAGAAUCAAUGGGUAUACUGUAUAGUUAAAAAUGUAUGUAACAACUGCAGAUUGCCCCUUUAAUGUUAUCUUACUGUUGGUAAAAUAAGCAGGGACAGGACAGUAAUCUUAAACUCUGACUUUUUCUCUGUCCUCUACUUCAAGAAAAAGAGAGAAUAUUACAUAGAGAUUGGAAUCUCCCUCUUCUGCUGUGUCGUGUCUCUGACCGUGGUAGUGUGAUCAAUAAAAAUGACCUCAGCGCGGCAGGGUCCUUGAGCUGGCCGCUCACACACACACACACACACACACACACACACACACACACACACACACACACACACACACACACACACACACACACACACACACACACACACACACACACAAAGCUCCAUCUUCUUUUCCUCUCUCUCCUCCAUAUCUCCCUGAAGACAGCCUGUUUUUCCUCUGUCGCCGGCCACUUCAUCCUCCUCUCCUCCAAUCAGAUUGCAGCUGCUCUGUGUCGUGGCCAUCCAUUGUUCUGUGUCCCCUAGUAGCAAGGACAGCCAGCCAGAG